AUGAAGUUCCUUUGGAUGAUCCUGACACUCUGCGCCCUGGUCAAAACCAAUCCAGCAGAUGUACUCACGAGUGGACCCCCUACGGGAAUCGUUCUCCUUGAUGAUCCAGGACUCCUUAUAACCAACUGCAGAGUACACACGCAGAGGGUGUACGUGUGCCUAGAUGCAGAGAACAUGUACCGACAACACAUUUCCCCUGCGGCACAUAUAAGUUGGGCCGGGGCUGACUGGACCACCCAGGCAGUUAAGCACGCUCAGCUAGACACUGCCCACAUGUUGGCCCAACUCCAAAAGUUCACAGUCACCCAGUCAAAACUAGCAGAGCCCAGGUGAGAAAAACGAUUCCUCAGGGUGCUACUCUCAAUAGGUGCAGCCGUAGGGUCACUAUUUGCUCUAGGGACCACUGCCGUCAAUGCAGUCAGUCUAGCCACGGUCAAAAUUAAUGUUAGGGAGAUUACUGAAGAGAUGCCACUUAUGCAGCAACAGAUGCAAUCACAGGCACUCAGGUUGCAGCAUGUGGGAAGGACUCUCCAGGACACUAUUCUGGUGGUAAACACACACGCUAUUCUCCUGUCGGUAGGCAAGCUAGUAGAGGUCAUGAACCAUGACUAUGCCCAUGUCCAAUUGGUUUGAUUGUUGUUGGAGGAUUUUCUCCGUGAAGUUAGCUCUUCUAAGGACCACUUGGCCAUGAAUAGAAUCUCAUCAUAUCUAGUGCCCCUCUCAAUGGUGCAAAACAUAUUGACCUCAGCUACCACAACCACGAUAAAGCCAUUACACCUGGCCUAUAGUCUGGGGUUGCCGGUUGUUGAACUGGAGAAUAUCUAUAGGUUGAAAACAGUUCUAAACGUAGGAUUUUGGCACGACAACACCCAUGUGAAAAUCAUCACACCUCCAGUCAUAGCUUAUCAGGAACACAAUCCAGAUUUCUAUCUCACCCCUAACCUGUUAAUGUGUACUCUAACCAAAGACGUCCCCUACUUGUGACCUAGCAAACCCUUCGUCAGGGAAUAACACUGAGCGCCUUUGUGGCCCUAAGCCUAUCACCAGCGAAGAAUGCUGUAGAGCCAAACUAACAGCAAGAGGUGGAGUCACCACCACGCAAGUGGAAGUGGUAGGGAAUCAAUGGCUGAUUAACACUCCAUUCAAGUCCGCCACUAUGACUUACGAACGCCAUGACUCAACCACCCAAAUGAACCUCCCCAAUCAGACAAUUUUUGUUAAGGUACAAGAGGGGGCGAUUAUCCCCAUAGACGACCUAGCCCUAUACCAACUUCCUGACGACAGGAUAGACACAGAUAUUGAAAUGCCUGAUGCUUUUGCUAAACGUUCCCUUGAGUUACCACCAGCUAUUCAAAACCAAAUUCAAUACGAGGGACCGAUGACUGUUGAUCUUAGCGUACUGAAUGAGGCACUUUUAGUUGACCCGAUUGGCUAUAAGCCAAAAGAUUGGUCUGUCACCCGCUCUUGGACGGUGCCGGGCAGUAUCCUGACUGUUACCAUGAUCCUUGGUCUUAUUGCCCUUGGCGUGUGCACCUACUAUGUACACAGGCGCAAUGGAAGACCUAAUGAGGUCUUAUGCUAGGAUCACCUCUGGGAUGGAAGCAAUCCCGAUUUUCGGAAAACUGGCAAUAGAUUCCAAAACCCUAUCAGGUGACCCAUCCACAGCAUCCCCAGCUUCUUCCCCAGAGUUCGCUAGGUCAGCCCUGUAGUGCCACCAAUGGAAUCUUUGUCAUUCAGGGUUCGUUUUUGUGGUCCUCUGUAGCUCAGCUGGUAGAGCACGGCGCUUGUAACGCUAAGGUAGUGGGUUCGAUCCCCGGGACCACCCAUACACAAAAAAAAAAUGUAUGCACGCAUGACUGUAAGUCGCUUUGGAUAAAAGCGUCUGCUAAAUGGCAUAUUAUUAUUAUUAUUUUUAGAGAGUGCCUUAACUACACACCUUCAAGUAGGAUCGCCCUAGAUAUGACAUUAGACAAAUGUCAUGAUAGAGUCAUUUAGCCAAGACCAUGGACGUGCAUAGAAUAGUGCCGGUCUUUACACCUUAAUACUGCCAUAAAUUAGAGAGGAGGAGAAUCUAUAUCUGUCACUCUAGUAUGGUGAAAGGAAUACCUUUGUUUCAGAGACCUUUUGCCGCACAAAAACUUCAACAUCCAACAAUGAAUAUUGGGGACAAUAUAUUUCAACCUGCAAAUGUAGGGAAUGAUGAGAAAUGGAAUAUGGAAAAUUAUUGUCUAUUUUGUGACGUCAUUAAAAAUGGUUUAUAGGCGUUAUAACAAAAACAUUGUGACUUGAAGAGCUUUUACACUGUCAGAUUUACAUCCUUUACAUUGUGUAUAAAAUAUCAAGGAGGAAGAUAGGAAUGUGAUUUCAGCUUUCUAACAAAAUCAUAGUGAUGAUAAUACUUUUGCCUCGUAACUAGCCACGCCCGAGGGAGCUCAGAGAGCGUGUCAGUAUGACGGAAACGCCCCUCUUUACCAGAGUGCGUAAAAGAUUGUGUUAAGAAUGAUCAGAUCAGACUAGAUGGACCUCAAGCUGCAGCUUUUGUCCAUAUUGGUCCCGACCCUGAAAAUCAACACGAGGUGAAGACGACAAGGUUGCCUCCACUAACAAUCAAUGUUACGGCUGAGUAGCUGUUCUAAGUAUUGUAUCUAAGAAGGUGAAUUUAAGUGGAACCAUCCUGUUAAUCUCUUCAAGCCAUAGUCUAGUACACUGCUCUCGUCACCCCAUAGGGGAUGAGUCUAGGUGCUAGGGGUAAUGGCACCGGAGGGAAUGGCUGCCGUUUUAUGGACUCUUAACCAACCGUGGUAUUUUGUGGGGUUUUUCACAUUGUUUGUAACUUAUAUUGUAGCUCUCUCAAGACUAUUGUAGCCAUAGUCUUGAGAGAGCGUAGCAGGAGGAGGUUGUCGGGUGAGGUCGUCGGGUAAGCUUGGCUUUAUAUAUAGUUUGGGCUUUGUCGAGUAAGGCUUAAACUAUGUAUUUAGAUUGUAGUUAGGUAUUGUAGGUAGUUAUCGUGGGUUGUUGUAUGUAAUUAUUCUAGGUUAGUAUUGUAUUCGGCUGAGCCCGGUGAAGCGCGAAGCUAGCUAGCUAACCCACUACCUGGACUAGCUGGCGGGUAGCUACUGGCAACUAUUAGCAACGGUAUAGUUGUUUCACGCCUGAGAGUGCCUGUAAUUACGCCAGCUGGCUGCCUACAAUAAUUACAUACAAUAAUUGCCUACCAUUCAGCUGUUUUCUAACCUCAUUGUCUGAACCGUUAACGUUAGGUAGUAAGUGGCUACUGUGCUUGAAAUUUAGCUAGCUUGUUGCUACCUGGAUAGCUACUAGUAAACAAUAGCUGGAACGACCUAGCGAACAGACGCAAACUGGCUGAGUCAAUUCAGUGGCUAGCUUUGCACUUGGCUAGCUAACAGUAGCUGCUAGGGGUAAGUCAUAACCUACAUUAGUGUUUUGUUUUUACAUAUUGGUAGCCAGAGUCGUUCAAGGAAUUCGGGACAUGGGUGACUAGUUAACGUUAGCUUGGCUCUCUCUGUGUGUUCGUGCCGUGAAAGGAGGGGUUUCUUCUUUGUCUGAAAGCAAUGGCUAGCUAGUAUGCUAACUAUUCUAGCUAACUAACUGGCUGAAUAAGUUGACGACGGACUCGCUCAAGCUGUCGGGACUAACCCACAACGUUAGACACGGACAUGAACGAUCUGCUUGGCGUGUUGACACACUGGUGGUUUGUUGUGGCCGAGUAUUGGUGCUAAACCGUGUUGUUGGAGUCCGGCAUGCUAGCUGGCUGUGGCGUCUUAUGACUAGGUGCCCUGGACGAUUUUCACGGAAGAAUACUGUACCUAGUUAGCUAGCUGAAUAAACUAAGUUAGUCUAUUCCUAGAAAGCAUUGAACCGCUGUAGUUUACAACAAUUAUAGUUUCUGAGGUGGAAGUUGGGAGAGUUAUAUUUGGGUGUUGUGGUGAGGGAGGCCCCGCUCUCUCCUUUCCCAGAUGUUUAGUUCAUUUCAUUCCGAUCUCCUUUGCAUUAUUGUAGCCAUUUUCUGCAGCCUGUCAACUAUGCCUCUGUCUAUCCCUGUUCUCUCCUCUCCGCACAGGCUAUACAAACGCCUCACACCGCGUGGCUGCUGCCUCUCUAACCUGGUGGUACCUGCACGCACCACCCACGUGGAGUUCCAGGUCUCAGGCAACCUCUGGAACUGCCGUUCUGCUGCCAACAACGCAGAGUUCAUCUCAGCCUAUGCUACCCUCCAGUCCCUCGACUUCUUGGCGCUGACGGAAACAUGGAUUACCACUGAAAACACUGCUACUCCUACUACUCUCUCCUCAUCUGACCAUGUGUUCUCGCAUACCCCGAGAGCAUCUGGUCAGCGGGGUGGUGGCACAGGAAUCCUCAUCUCUCCCAAGUGGACAUUCUCUAUUUUUCCCCUGACCCAUCUGUCUAUCUCCUCAUUUGAAUUCCAUGCUGUCACAGUCACUAGCCCAUUUAAGCUUAAUAUCCUUGUCAUUUAUUGCCCUCCAGGUUCCCUUGGAGAGUUCAUCAAUGAGCUUGACGCCAUGAUAAAUUCCUUUCCUGAGGAUGGCUCACCCCUCACAGUUCUGGGGGACUUCAACCUCCCUACGUCUACCUUUGACUCAUUUCUCUCUGCCUCCUUCUUUCCACUCCUCUCCUCUUUUGACCUCACCCUCUCACCGUCCCCCCCCCCUACUCACAAGGCAGGCAAUACGCUUGACCUCAUCUUUACUAGAUGCUGUUCUUCUACUAAUCUCACUGCAACUCCCCUCCAUGUCUCCGACCACUACUUUGUAUCCUUUUCUCUCUCGCUCUCCUCCAACACUACUCACUCUGCCCCUACUCAGAUGGUAAUGCGCCGUCGCAACCUUCGCUCUCUCUCCCGCUACUCUCUCCUCUUCCAUCCUAUCAUCUCUUCCCCCUGCUCAAUCCUUCUCCCUCCAAUCUCCUGAUUCUGCCUCCUCAACCCUCCUCUCCUCCCUUUCUGCAUCCUUUGACUCUCUAUGUCCCCUAUCCUCCCGGCCGGCUCGGUCCUCCCCUCCUGCUCCGUGGCUUGAUGACUCAUUGCGAGCUCACAGAACAGGGCUCCGGGCAGCAGAGCGGAAAUGGAGGAAAACUUGACUCCCUGCGGACCUGGCAUCUUUUCACUCCCUCCUCUCUACAUUUUCUUCAUCUGUUUCUGCUGCUAAGGCCACUUUCUACCACUCUAAAUUCCAAGCAUCUGCCUCUAACCCUAGGAAGCUCUUUGCCACUGUCAAGCCCUGACUCAGGGGACGGUUAUUUGUUGUGUCAGGGUGUGUAUAUUUCGUGUUGUGUUUAUUUCUAUGUUUAGUUUCUAGAUCGUUUAGAUCUAUGUUGGCCAGGGUGGUUCCCAAUCAGAGGCAGCUGUAGCUCGUUGUCUCUGAUUGGGGACCAUACUUAGGCAGCCGUUUGGCACCAGUCUGUGUGGGAUCUUGUUCCGUAAAGGUAUGUUAUUAGUCUACCUUGGACUUCACGUUUCGUUUGUUGUUUUUGUCGUGUGUUCAGUACGUCAAUAAAUAUGAAUGCAUAUCACGUUGCGCCUUGGUCCUUCUCGUUAAUGAACGAUCGUGACAGCCACCUUCUCCUCCCUGCUGAAUCCCCCCCCCCCCCUCCCUCUCUGUGGAUGACUUCGUCAACCAUUUUGAAAAUAAGGUUGACGACAUCCGAUCCUCGUUUAUUAAGUCAAAUGACACUGCUGGUCCUGCUCACACUGCCCUACCCUAUGCUUUGACUUCUUUCUCCCCUCUCUCUCCAGAUAAAAUCUUGCGACUUGUGACGGCCGGCCGCCCAACAACCUGCCCGCUUGACCCUAUCCCCUCCUCUCUUCUCCAGACCAUCUCCGGUGACCUUCUCCCUUACCUCACCUCGCUGAUCAACUCAUCCUUGACCGCUGGCUAUGUCCCUUCCGUCUUCAAGAGAGCGAGAGUUGCACCCCUUCUCAAAACACCAACACUCGAUCCCUCUGAUGUCAACAACUACAGACCAGUAUCCCUUCUUUCUUUUCUCUCCAAAACUCUUGAGCGUGCCGUCUUUAGCCAACUCUCUUGCUAUCUCUCUCAGAAUGACCUUCUUGAUCCAAACCAGUCAGGCUUCAAGACUGGUCAUUCAACUGAGACUGCUCUUCUCUGUGUCACGGAGGCUCUCCGCACUGCUAAAGCUAACUCUCUCUCCUCUGCUCUUGUCCUUCUAGACCUGUCUGCUGCCUUUGAUACUGUGAACCAUCAGAUCCUCCUCUCCACCCUCUCCGAGCUGGGCAUCUCCGGCGCGGCUCACUCUUGGAUUGCGUCCUACCUGACCGGUCGCUCCUACCAAGUGGCGUGGCGAGAAGCUGUCUCCGCACCACGUGCUCUCACUACUGGUGUCCCCCAGGGCUCAGUUCUAGGCCCUCUCCUAUUCUCGCUAUACACCAAGUCACUUGGCUCUGUCAUAUCCUCACAUGGCCUCUCCUAUCAUUGCUACGCAGAUGACACACAACUAAUCUUCUCCUUUCCCCCUUCUGAUAACCAGGUGGCAAAUCGCAUCUCUGCAUGUCUGGCAGACAUAUCAGUAUGGAUGACGGAUCACCACCUCAAGCUGAACCUUGGCAAUAUGGAGCUGCUCUUCCUCCCGGGGAAGGACUGCCCAUUCCAUGAUCUCGCCAUCACGGUUGACAACUCCGUUGUGUCCUCCUCCCAGAGUGCGAAGAGCCUUGGCGUGACCCUGGACAACACCCUGUCAUUCUCCGCUAACAUCAAGGCGGUGACCCGAUCCUGUAGGUUCACGCUCUACAACAUUCGGAGAGUACGACCCUGCCUUACACAGGAAGCGGCACAGGUCCUAAUCCAGGCACUUGUCAUCUCCCGUCUGGAUUACUGCAACUCGCUGUUGGCUGGGCUCCCUGCCUGUGCCAUUAAACCCCUACAACUCAUCCAGAAUGCCGCAGCCCGUCUGGUGUUCAACCUUCCCAAGUUCUCUUACGUCACCCCGCUCCUCCACACACUCCACUGGCUUCCAGUUGAAGCUCGCAUCUGCUACAAGACCAUGGUGCUUGCCUACGGAGCUGUGAGGGGAACGGCACCUCCGUACCUUCAGGCUCUGAUCAGUCCCUACACCCAAACGAGGGCAUUGCGUUCAUCCACCUCUGGCCUGCUGGCUCCCCUACCUCUGCGGAAGCACAGUUCCGGCUCAGCCCAGUCAAAACUGUUCGCUGCUCUGGCACCCCAAUGGUGGAACGAGCUCCCUCACGACGCCAGGACAGCGGAGUCACUCACCACCUUCCGGAGACAUUUGAAACCCCACCUCUUUAAGGAAUACCUGGGAUAGGAUAAAGUAAUCCUUCUACCGCCCCCCUUACCCCACCAAAAAAAAAAAAAAAAAAAAAAACAUUGUAAAGUGGUUAUCCUACUGGCUAUAAGGUGAAUGCACCAAUUUGUAAGUCGCUCUGGAUAAGAGCAUCUGCUAAAUGACGUAAAUGUAAAUGUAAAUGUAAUAAUGUUGCUGCUACCAUCUCUUAUGACCGAAAAGAGCUUCUGGACAUCAGAACAGCGAUUACUCACCUUGAACUGGACAAAUAAUUUUUCUUUAAUGAGUCGGACGAGAGCGAUUUGCUCCAGACAUCCGACAGGGCCCUCAUCCCCAUCGUUCGCAGUACAAAGAAAAUGAGAUAUCGCGGAAGGAGAUAAGGGUGCUUGGUAAGGAGCCGGCGACGAGUGGCUAAUCUGCCUUUGCCAUCGAUACUAUUGGCCAAUUUACAAUCGCUUGAUAAUAAAGUGGACAAACUACAGGCUACAGGCAAACUACUAUAUCCUACCAGCGGAACAUUAAAAACUGUAAUAUAUUAUGUUUCACAGAGUCGUGGCUGAAGGAAGAGAAGAAUAACAUAAAUUGGCGGGUUAUACACUGAAUCGGCAGGAUAGAACAGCUGCCUCCGGUAAGACAAGGGGUGGCGGUCUGUUUAUAUUUGUAAACAACAGCUGGUGCACAAUAUCUAAGGAAGUCUCGAGCUUUUGCUCGCCUGAGGUAGAGUAUCUCAUGAUAAGCUUUAGACCACACUAUCUACCAAGAGAGUUUUCAUCUAUAUUCUUCAUAGCUGUCUAUUUACAGUAAGGGAAUUAAGUAUUUGAUCCCCUGCUGAUUUUGUACGUUUGCCCACUGACAAAGACAUGAUCAGUCUAUAAUUUUAAUGGUAGGUUUAUUUGAACAGUGAGAGACAGAAUAACAACAACAAAAUCCAGAAAAACGCAUGUCAGAAAUGUUAUGAAUUGAUUUUGCAGUUUAAUGAGGGAAAUAAGUAUUUGACCCCUCUGCAAAACAUGACUUAAUACUUGGUGGCAAAACCCUUGUUGGCAAUCACAGAGGUCAGACGUUUCUUGUAGUUGGCCACCAGGUUUGCACACAUCUCAGGAGGGAUUUUGUCGCAAUCCACGAGGUGAGAUCUUGCAUGGAGCCCCAGGCCGAGGGAGAUUGGCAGUUAUUUUGUGUUUCUUCCAUUGCGAAUAAUUGCACCAACUUCUCACCAAGCUGCUUGGCGAUGGUCUUGUAGCCCAUUCCAGGCUUGUGUAGGUAUACAAUCUUGUCCCUGACAUCCUUGGAGAGCUCUUUGGUCUUGGCCAUGGUGGAGAGUUUGGAAUCUGAUUGAUUGAUUGCUUCUGUGGACAGGUGUCUUUUAUACAGGUAACAAACUGAGAUUAGGAUCAGUCCCUUUAAAAGUGUGCUCCUAAUCUCAGCUCGUUACCUGUAUAAAAGACACCUGGGAGCCAGAAAUCUUUCUGAUUGAGAGGGGGUCAAAUUCUUAUUUCCCUCAUUAAAAUGCAAAUCAAUUCAUAACAUUUCUGACAUGCAUUUUUCUGGAUGUUUUUGUUGUUAUUCUGUCUCUCACUGUUCAAAUAAACCUACCAUUAAAAUUAUAGACUGAUCAUUGUUUUGUCAGUGGGCAAACGUACAAAAUCAGCAGGGGAUCAAAUAUUUUUUUCCCACACUGUACCAUCACAAACUGAUGCUGGCACCAAGACCACACUCAAUGAACUGUAUAAGGCCAUAAGCAAACAGGAAAAUGCUCAUCCAGAGGAGUGAAACUUAAAUCCGUUUUACCUCAUUUCUACCAGCAUGUUAAAUGUGCAACCAGAGGGCAAAAAACUCUAGACCACCUUUAGUCCACACACGGAGACUCCGUGGCCGAUGUGAGAAAGACCUAUAAACAGGUCAACAUUCACAAGGCUGCAGGGCCAGAUGGAUUACCAGGACGUGUACUCCGAGCAUACGCUGACCAACUGGCAAGUGUCUUCACUGACAUUUUCAACCUCUCCCUGUCUGAGUCUGUAAUACCAAGAUGUUUCAAGCAGAUCAUCAUAGUCCCUGUGCCCAAGAACACAGAGGUAACCUGCCUAAAUGACUACCGACCUGUAGCACUCACGUAUGUAGCCAUGAAGUGCUUUGAAAGGCUGGUCAUGGCUCACAUCAACACCAUUAUCCCAGAAACCCUAGACCCAUUCCAAUUUGCACACCGCCCCAACAGAUCCACAGAUGAUGCAAUCUCUAUUGCACUCCACACUGCCCUUUCACAGCUGGACAAAAGGAACACCUAUGUGAGAAUGCUAUUCAUUGACUACAGCUCAGCGUUCAACACCAUAGUGCCCUCAAAGCUCAUCACUAAGCUAAGGACCCUGGGACUAAACACCUCCCUCAGCAACUGGAUCCUGGACUUCCUGACGGGCCGCCCCCAGGUGGUAAGGGUAGGUAGUGGCAUAUUGUGUUAGUCCGCUAGGGACCCGUUUUCAUUGUAUUAAGUUUCUAAUCCCUACCUAUACCAUGUACGUGUGUUAUCAAUUUUUAUUAAUUAGUAAAUAAAUAAUUACAUCAAUUUGUGUGGUACGGAACGAUCAGUAAGACCCUCGUUCGUGCAGACUUAAAGAGUCUACGACUUUCAAAAUGAGACGGAUAUGAGGUAAAUGAUUAAUAAAUUACUGUUAAAUGAUAAGAAAUAUCUAGAUAUCUUUAGAGUUAUUUCGGGAAACGGUAACUCGUCAAACAACUUUUCCCGUGGUGCCCCAAAUUCCUAAUGAUUUAAUUGUUACAUGAUUAAUUGAAUCUAGUAACAUUUAAACAUAGCAGGUAAUUAUUCUAUAAAUAAUAGUCAUCACAAUAAUGAAAGUAACGUCACGACAAUAAAGUUGAUACAAGUUUGAAAUAAUUUGAAGCUAGAAUUGCCUGAACAUGUGAAAGUUUGUUUGGUGUAUGUAGCUUGAGCGGUUCAAGAGUUACUGUUGGUGGGUUAUAUUCAAUGUUUCCUCUUAUUUCUUUCGGCACUGAGCAAAUUUCAGGUCUGCUGAGCGCGAAGUUCAACGUUGUGAAUAUUCUGUGCAACUUCCACGUUUACUGUGAACACUGAGGCUGUGCUCGCUUUAAGUUAUAGUUUCAGUCAGUGGUCAAAUAGGCUACUGUGGCUAUUUGAUCAUAAUGUAGACUUACCAGAGUAGCCUACCAUCAAAACCAAUGGAGAAAAUACAACCCAUAACAUUUUAACAUGGAAAUAGCUGUUCUAUCGUUCAACCUACAGUAGCAGCCAAUGUGUGGUGUUCAACGUAGGCCUACAUUCCAUGAGACUUAAAAAAAAAAAAAAAAAACAUGCAGGGCUUAACAUUAACCUGUUUAUCGACUUGUUCUUCAGACAAGGAGGUGACUGAAAAUGUUGUUGUGUUGUUUGAUGCAAGAAACCACUUAACAAAAUAAAAUGCCAUAAUUACAAAGAAUCAGUGAAAUUGUGCUACCCUCUGCCUAUUGGCUACUUAGCUUUUUCAAGCUCGUCUCAAAAUACAACAUUGCCCAUAUAAGACAAAAAAAAACUCUUUACCUGACUCCCUUUUCAGAGAUGUCUAGAAAUGUACACGUUUUGUGCUCUUUUAGGAAGCAAUUCUGACCCCCUGCUGACUACAAAUUAUCUAUAACUGGGCUAAUAACUCACUAACUAGUAAAGGAUAUGAACCGAUGUGCAUAACUGGCUACAUGCAGCCCGCGCUUUGAUCUCAAAACAAGUGCGUCUACUCACGAUCGCUCAUGAUGUAAACACAGUCCAGUUCAAAGUGACUGGCACAGAUCUAUACAUGGCAAUCGUCUAUUUGCAUAUAGGCCUACUGCAGCUCUUAUUGGUUAUUAUUAUUAUAUAUUAUUGGUUAUGCUGCACUGGUCUGUGUAGAGUAUGGGCUGAGUCAUGCGUGUCAAUGCAAUAGAAUCAUACUUUGAUGCCUAUAACAAAAUCUCUUGCAUAGUUUGUUUUGUUUCCGUAUGUUGCAGUGAAAGUGGCUAAUAUUAAUAAAUUAAUAAACAAGGUUACUAAUAGGUUACUACUCCCUCCUGAUUACCGUAUUAACCCCUCGUUUCAUGUGUCUCUCCUCAGGCCAGUGGUGGCUGGUCCGCUCCAGGAGUAUGAGGUGCGGGAGGUCCCUCCACCCCCUCUGGACAUCGAGGGGGCCCCAGCGUACUCCGUCCGUUCCAUCCUGGAUUCGAGGCGUCGGGUGGGGGGCCUUCAGUACCUCGUGGAGUGGGAGGGGUACGGUCCGGAGGAGCGGUGCUGGGUCCCGGUGAGGGAUAUCCUCGAUACCUCCCUGUUGCAGGAUUUCCACCAUCGCCACCCGGCUCGCCCUGCUCUGCAUCCUCCUGGUCGUCCCCGAGGCCGAUGUCGGCGCGCUGCUGGAGCUGCACCUCAAGGGGGGGUACUGUCACGACUUCCUCCGAAGCUGCCUCAUCUCCCUGUUCGGGCAGGCUUCGGCGUUCGUCGUCACUGGCCUUUUAGCCACUGCCGCUCCUCAUCUCAUCAUUCCAUUUGUUUUGUCUUGUUUAUUACACACACCUUGUUCAUAUCCCCUCAUUAGUACCUGUAUAAGUGUUCCCUCUGCCCCCCUGUCUUUGUGUGUGAUUAGUUAUUGUGGAGGUGACUCUAGCUCGGUGGAGCUACUUUGUAUUUUGUAUCACCGGGAUAUUCACCCGUGUGCCUUGUUUUUCUCCAGUGCGCCGUAUUUACCACACUGGAGUGUUUUAUGCAUAGCUGCGUUCCGCUGUGUUCCUGAAUAAACCAUAUAUUCUGUGAUUUACCCUCCUGUGCCUGACUCCGUCCAAAAUCACCCACUACACCUUCAUGUCUUAAAGUAAUGAUGGACUGUCGUUUCUCUUUGCUUAUUUGAGCUGUUCUUGCCAUAAUAUGGACUUGGUCUUUUACCAAAUAGGGCUAUCUUCUGUAUACCCCCCCUAACUUGUCACAACACAACUGAUUGGCUCAAACGCAUUAAGAAGGAAAUAAAUUCCACAAAUUAACUUUUAAGAAGGCACACCUGUUAAUUGAAAUGCAUUCCAGGUGACUACCUCAUGAAGCUCAUUGAGAGAAUGCCAUGAGUGUGCAAAGCUGUCAUCAAGGCAAAGGGUGGCUAUUUGAAGAAUCUUUGUUUGAUUUGUUUAACACUUUUUUGGUUGCUACAAGAUUCCAUAUGUGUUAUUUCAUUGUUUUGAUGUCUUCAUAAAAUAAUAAAGAAAAACCCUUGAAUGAGUGGGUGUGUCCAAACUUUUGACUGGUAUUUUGUCUAACUUGUUGGGAAGUGGUCAAAAUGGCAGUUGUGUGCAAAAAAGUUACAUAAAAUGUUGUUUAUGUAGUUACUAAAACAGCCGUAUCGUUAGACCCAUACCGGAUAGUUUUGUUCUGCGACCGGACUUGGAAAGCAGAGAAGUAGUGUACGAUUUCAUACACUCUAACUUUUUGUCUAAGUUGUUAACAAAGUGGUCAAAUUAGCCGAUUUGUGUCAAAAGUUGUAUUGUUUCAUUUACAGUGAAUGGAAUAUUGGAAGUUGUGAUAUCACAAUGGGGCCUUUAGAAUGUUGAGGAAAUCCCAUACAAGGGGAUGGAGGACAAAAAGUGUAAUAUUUUAAAAGGUUUUUUUUUUUUAAUUAUACAAGCAUCUCAGGCGAGACCAUUCUGCACGUUUGAAAGUUUGAAUGGCGUUUCCAGCUUAAACAGUAUAAGAUGAGUAGCGUACUAAAGAAUAAUAAAAAAUAAUAAGUAGAAGCCCCACAAUAACUAGAAAAGUACAUUUCCUUAAGAAAAUGUGGUGUGCAUGCUAGCUUGUGAAGGUUUGAUUAGUUGAUAGGAUAGGAUAGCCUGAAGACGUGAAAGUUGGUUAAGUGUCUCUAGCUUGAAUGGUUCAAGAGUUACUGUUGGUGGGUUAUUUUAUGCUAAUAUAUGCAGAUGUAUAUAGUUAUAGUUGAUAAAAUAAUUGGAAGAAUUGGAAGUUAGCACAGCCUGAACAUAUGAAAGUUGGUUUGGUGUCUCUAACUUGAACGGUUCAAGAGUUACAGUUGGUGGGUCAUUUUAUGCUAAUUUAUGCAAAUGUGAACAGUUAUAGUUUAUACAGGUUUUUAAGAAUUUGAAGUUAGGAUAGCUUGAACAUUUGAAAGUUGUUUUGGUGUGUCACGAUCGUUAUAAGAUGAAGCGGACCAAGGCGCAGCGUGGUAAGCGUACAUUUUAUUUAAUUAACGUACUUAACACACACGAACAAAAACAACAAACCAAACGAUAUGUGAAGUCCUAGGUUAACACCAAAACAAACCAUACGGAACAAGAUACCACAAUGACUAGUGCCAAACAUGCUGCCUAAGUAUGGUCCCCAAUCAGAGACAACGCGAAACAGCUGCCUCUGAUUGGGAACCACCCUGGCCAACAUAGAUCUACACGAUCUAGAUCAACAACAUAGAAAAUACAACAUAGACACUACAUGGUGUCUCUAGCUUGAACGGUUCAAGAGUUGUUAUUGGCGAUUCAUUGUAUGCAAAUGUAUGCAAAUUUUUACAGUUAUAGUUGAUUAAAGUUUUUAAGAAUUUCAAGUUAGGAUAGUCUGAACAUGUGAAAGUUGGUUUGGUGUCUCUAGUUUGAACGGUUCACUGUUGGUGAGUUAUUUUAUGCUAGGAUAGAUAAUAAGAUAAGAUAAUAAUAAUAUAAUCAGCCAGGUGCGAAGGUGAAAUGAUUUGCCGUAUUCCUAAACAGAAGCCCCAUUGCAUGAACAAUUGCAACCGAUGAAUUGCAUAAAGAGAUAUUUGUGGAAAUAUAUUCAUGAAAAUAUAUAAAAACAGUCAUCUUUUGAUUGUAUUGGACACUGUAUUUUGCCCUUGUACCCCUGCCUUUACGCAUGAAUCAAUCUCGCCUCAUCUUUAUGCUUCAGGUCAGCACACAGCUUCGGUGCUUUGUCUGAGCAAGCCCCACAAACUUUUUGUCUCUUUGAGGUGUAGGGCCUGCUCUAUCUGUGAGAAUAUUCUGGGAAGGCCGCCUUCGUGUUGUGCUCUCGUCACUCUUUUCUACCCAAACCGUGCCAUCCCUGGCAGACUCCUGUCUCACAGUGGUAGAUGGGAUCACCAUCUCAAUUGGAUCUGUUCUGGUUUUUCUGCGGCGAGGCUAAGGCAUCGGAGGCAGAGGCUUGAAGUCAACAUCAGAAUCUGCAACGUCGAUUUAAAGGUCAAUAUCCAAUCCUCCAUCCGACUCCACCUCAUAUACAUUUGUUUGGUUGGGCUUGUAUGUUGUACUCAGUGUCUGAUUUGAUUCUCUGAGAGGAAAUUAUAUACAAUUUCCAGCCUUUCACAAUAAAAGAAUUAGACCGCCCUUCAUCAUCAUGACAUCAUUGUUCUAAAUUCAAUCAUCCUCUUCACCCUCAUCAUUCAGAUCAAUCAAAUUCAAUCACCCUCAUCAUCCUCUUCAUUCAGUUCACUGAAGUUACAUGCACCAUUAUCAAUUUAUAUCUGGUAUCUAUCGCCCAUUCAUCCAUUGACACAGAAUAGCAUAUUUUAAUUUUAAUUGUAUUAUGUUACUCGUUUUUAGUUGCCAGAGCAAUGCUGCCGUGCAAGUGGUCAUGUGCUGAAUGCAUGAACAGCAUGGAUAUUCUUGGAAAAAGUGAAAUUGAGCUGCACCUUUUGAAUUUUGAGAGUUAUUUGACAAAGGUAAGUGUCAUAGAAACUGCAGAAUAUGCUGUUUCUGAUACUAUAUAGAAAUCAAAAUGUUUUACCUGCAUGUGACUCUGAGGGCAUGUGACUCUGAAGGAGGAUUUGAUAAAGUGAUGCUCCUUUACCUGAAUCUGUAAAUUACAAGAUGCACCCAUCUCUUCAUGUACAAUUUGAUAACUGAUAAUAUUGUCACUCAUCAGAUUAUUGUGUGAAAUUAGUUUUGGUAUAGUUUAGGUGUAGUUUCAAUGGGCUGGCUGUGCAGGCUGACUGGCAUCAUUUGUUUCCCGCUCAUCAACUUGGAUAUGUUUUGCAAUAUUCUAAAGGCCUACUGCAACAUGUAGCAUGUUUUUGUUUCCCUUACAAUAAAUGUGAUUAGUAAUAGAGUUACAGUAAAUAAAACAGUCCUGUAACAACUUAUUUUUACAAAGUAAAACAUGAAAGAGAAUGGUAUCAACCCGCAAGGUGCGCGGUCAAAUUAUUAACAUGAGUGACAAUGCUGAUGAAUAGGAAUAACACAAACUCAUCAUUACACUAUUGUUGUUCUAAAUUAAAUCAACCUCCUCACCCUCAUUAUUCAGUUAGGCCUAAUUUAAAUUAGAUUGUGAAGUAACUUGCACAGUUAUUUCCCAUUCCAUCCAUUUGUCAUUCAUUCAGUGGGCUUGCAUCGUUUGCUUCGCUUGAUAGAGUCAAGGAUUAUGUUUUGCAUUAUUCUAAAGGCCUACUGCAACACGUAGCUUGUGUUCGUUUCCGUUACAAUAAACGUGAUUUGUAAAAGAGUUACAAUAAAUACACUGCUCAAAAAAAUAAAGGGAACACUUAAACAACACAAUGUAACUCCAAGUCAAUCACACUUCUGUGAAAUCAAACUGUCCACUUAGGAAGCAACACUGAUUGACAAUAAAUGUCAACAUGCUGUUGUGCAAAUGGAAUAGACAACAAGUGGAAAUUAUAGGCAAUUAGCAAGACAACCCCAAUAAAGGACUGGUUUUGCAGGUGGUGACCACAGACCACUUCUCAGUUCCUAUGCUUCCUGGCUGAUGUUUUGGUCACUUUUGAAUGUUGGUGGUGCUUUCACUCUAGUCGUAGCAUGAGACGGAGUCUACAACCCACACAAGUGGCUCAGGUAGUCCAGCUCAUCCAGGAUGGCACAUCAAUGCGAGCUGUUGCAAGAAGGUUUGCUGUGUCUGUCAGCGUAGUGUCCAGAGCAUGGAGGCACUACCAGGAGACAGGUCAGUACAUCAGGAGACGUGGAGGAGGCCGUAGGAGGGCAACAACCCAGCAGCAGGACUGCUACCUCCGCCUUUGUGCAAGGAGGAGCAGGAGGAGCACUGCCAGAGCCCUGCAAAAUGACCUCCAGUAGGCCACAAAUGUGCAUGUGUCUGCUCAAACGGUCAGAAACAGACUCCAUGAGGGUGGUAUGAGGGCCCGACGUCCACAGGUGGGGGUUGUGCUUACAGGACGUUUGGCAUUUGCCAGAGAACACCAAGAUUGGCAAAUUCGCCACUGGCACCCUGUGCUCUUCACAGAUGAAAGCAGGUUCACACUGAGCACAUGUGACAGACGUGACAGAGUCUGGAGACGCCGUGGAGAACGUUCUGCUGCCUGCAACAUCCUCCAGCAUGACCGGUUUGGCGGUGGGUCAGUCAUGGUGUGGGAUGGCAUUUCUUUGGGGGGCCGCACAGCCCUCCAUGUGCUCGCCAGAGGUAGCCUGACUGCCAUUAGGUACCGAGAUGAGAUCCUCAGACCCCUUGUGAGACCAUAUGCUGGUGCGGUUGGCCCUGGGUUCCUCCUAAUGCGAGACAAUGCUAGACCUCAUGUGGCUGGAGUGUGUCAGCAGUUCCUGCAAGAGGAAGGCAUUGAUGCUAUGGACUGGCCCGCCCGUUCCCCAGACCUGAAUCCAAUUGAGCACAUCUGGGACAUCAUGUCUCGCUCCAUCCACCAACGCCACGUUGCACCACAGACUGUCCAGGAGUUGGCGGAUGCUUUAGUCCAGGUCUGGGAGGAGAUCCCUCAGGAGACCAUCCACCACCUCAUCAGGAGCAUUCCCAGGCGUUGUAGGGAGGUCAUACAGGCACGUGGAGGCCACACACACUACUGAGCCUCAUUUUGACUUGUUUUAAGGACAUUACAUCAAAGUUGGAUCAGCCUAUAGUGUGGUUUUCCACUUUAAUUUUGAGGGUGACUCCAAAUCCAGACCUCCAUGGGUUGAUAAAUUUGAUUUCCAUUGAUAAUUUUUGUGUGAUUUUGUUGUCAGCACAUUCAACUAUGUAAAGAAAAAAGUAUUUAAUAAGAUUAUUUCAUUCAUUCAGAUCUAGGAUGUGUUAUUUUAGUGUUCCCUUUAUUUUUAUGAGCAGUGUAAAACAGUCCCAUAACAGCUUCUUUUCAUUAAGUAAAACAUAAAAGAGAAUGGUAUCGCAUGGUCAAAUGAUUUGCUGCUGACACUGUAAAUAGGCAGUCAUUACUCUAUUGUCUUUCUAAAUUAAAUCAACCUCUUCAACCUCCUUAUCAUCCGGUUAGGCCUAAUUAAAAUUCUCUGUAGAGUUAAACCACUCAAAAACCAAGCCCAUCGUUAUCAUAUUUUCCAGCAUGUUCUAUAGCAGGUAGAUUUUUUUAAUUGGUUGUUUCAAUAUCUGUGUUUUAUGCUACACAAAGAUAAAUAACAUACAUUUUUCUAAACUAAUCGAAUCUGUUAGUAGUUGGACUUAAUGCACCCGUUACUGAGAUGGCUGUUCCAGUUUAGAUGGCUUAGCUAGUCUCAUUUAUCAACCUUUCAGCCUAUCAGCCAUUCUGAAUGCAGGUUGUGGGUGAUUAAAAGUUCCAAUUGUUGGAUAUUCUCACUCUGGCUGGAUUCUAAUAGGAAUUACACAUCACUUUGCAAGCUAGCAUAAUGUGACUUGAAGGCCUGAUGUGGCCUGUAAACCAAUGCAUUAGGGUAUAACUAGGCCGUCAAAGAAAGGACUUAUGACAUAUGUAAUGUAUUGUCAUAAAGAGUUUAAUUUUAAAGGCUAAUGAGGCUGGUGGAACCAUUCAUAAAGGGUUCUAGGUAGAACCCUCUGCAAACAGUUCUACCUAGCACCAAAAAGGGUUCCCCUAUGGGGACAAACUGAAGAACCCUAUAUGGUUCUACUUAGCACCUUUUUUUCUAAGAGCGUGCAGUAUUAAUUCUGUAAAACACAUUUAAGGUAUCUACACUGUUUUAUUGUUGAAAUUACAGGAAAGUCUUACAGUGUAUGAGUGACGCAAUGUCAUUUAAAAAUGUUACACAGGUUACACAGGGCUUUAUGUACACAGUAUGGUUGCUUUAAAGUGUUUCAUUUUGGACUCAAAUCUCUAUCCGCAAGGAGGGUUUCUGAGUACCUAUGUAUUUCUGGACAACCUACCAAGUAAGAUGCCCCCACUCCCUCCAAUUACACACACAAAAAAAACCUAAACGUCAGUUCAUGUCUGCUCUCCCCAUGUCUGCAUGGGAUGAAGUUUUCACGGUAAAUCAGUGAGGGUUUCCCCUUCUAAUUCUGCCUCUACUCCAUCACCUCUCCCUCAUCUCUCCCUCACCUCUCCCUCAUCUCUCUAUCAUCUCUCCCUAAUUUCUUUCUCAUCUCUCCCUCAUCUCUCCCUCAACUCUCCCUGAUCUCUCUCUCAUCUCUCCCUCACCUCUCCCUCAUCUCUCUCUCAUCUCUCCCUCAUCUCUCCCUCAUCUCUCUCUCAUCUCUCCCUCAUCUCUCCCUCAUCUCUCCCUCAUCUCACUCUCAGCACUCCCUCAUCUCUCCCUCAUCUCACUCUCAGCACUCCCUCAUCUCUCCCUCAUCUCUAUCUCAUCUCUCGCUCAUCUCUCCCUGAUCUCUCCCUCGUCUCUCUCUCAUCUCUCCCUCGUCACUCUCUCGUCUCUCCCUCGUCUCCACCUGGUCUCUCCCUCAUCUCGCCCUCUUCUCUCUCUCUUCUCUCUCCUUCAUCUCUCUCUCAUAUCUCUCAUCUCUCUGUCAACCCUCCAUCAUCUCUCGCUCAACUCACUCUCAUCUCUCCCUGAUCUCUCCCUCGUCUCUCUUCAUCUCUCCUCGUAAAACUCUCUCGUCUCUCCCUGUCUUCUCUCGUCUCUCCCUGUCUCUCCCUGUUCUCCUCGCGCUCCCUCGUCGCUCCCUGGGUCUCUUUUUUGUCUCCCCCUCGUCUUUUCUUCUCUUCUCUUGUCUCUACCUCGUCUCUCUUUCUUAUUUCAUCUCUCUCUAAAAUCUCUCUAACUCACUUCAUAUCCCUCAUCUCUAGCUCUCACUCAUCUCUCCUAAAUUUUCUUCUCAUCUCUCAGCUCUUGUCAUCUUCCUAGGCUUCCAGCGUUCCUGUUUUCCCUGUCUUCCCAUCUCUCUCAUCCUCCUCAAUUCUCCUAAUAUCUCCAAAUCUCUUCAUACUCUCUCACUCUCCCUCUUUUUAAUCUCGCUCAUCUCUUCUCCAUCCCCUCAUCCUCCAUCUCCCCUCAUCUCCCCGUCAGCUCCUUUCAUCUCCCUAUCUCUCAUCACUCACCUCAAACUCCCCCUCACUCUCUUCAACUCUCUCUCAUCUCUCCCUCAUCUCUCCCUCAUAUCUCUCUCAUCUCUCUCUCAUCUUCUCAUCUCUUUCUCAUCUCUCCCUCAUCUCUCUCAUCUCUCUCAUCUCUUCCUCAUCUCUCCCUCAUCUCUCUCAUCUCUCCCUGAUCUCUCCCUCGUCUCUCUCUCAUCUCUCCCUCGUCACUCUCUCGUCUCUCCCUCGUCUCCACCUGGUCUCUCCCUCGUCUCUCUCUCGUCUCUCCCUCAUCUCGCCCUCUUCUCUUCUCUCUCCUUCAUCUCUCUCUCAUAUCUCUCAUCUCUCUGUCAACCCUCCAUCAUCUCUCGCUCAUCUCUCUCUCAUCUCUCCCUGAUCUCUCCCUCUUCUCUCUCUCAUCUCUCCCUCGUCACUCUCUCGUCUCUCCCUCGUCUCUCUCUCGUCUCUCCCUCGUCUCUCCCUCGUCUCUCCUCGUCGCUCCCUCGUCGCUCCCUCGUCUCUCUUUUGUCUCUCCCUCGUCUCUCUUCUCUCUCUCUUGUCUCUACCUCGUCUCUCGUCUCUCUUUCAUCUCUCUCUCAACUCUCUCUCAACUCACUCUCAUCCUCCCUCAUCUCUCUCAGCUCUCACUCAUCUCUCCCUCAUCUCUCUCUCUCCAUCUCUCAGCUCUUGCUCAUCUCUCCCUCGUCUCUCCCUCGUCUCUCCCUUGUCUCUCCCUCGUCUCUCCCAUCUCUCUCAUCUCUCCCUCAUCUCUCCCUCAUAUCUCUCAAAUCUCUCUCUCAUCUCUCUCUCAUCUCUCCCUCAUCUCUCUCAUCUCUCUCAUCUCUUUCUCAUCUCUCCCUCAUCUCUCUCAUCUCUUCCUCAUCUCUCCGUCAGCUCUCUCUCAUCUCUCCCUCAUCUCUCCCUCAUCUCACUCUCAACUCUCCCUCAUCUCUCUCUCAACUCUCUCUCAUCUCUCCCUCAUCUCUCCCUCAUAUCUCUCUCAUCUCUCUCUCAUCUCUCUCAUCUCUUUCUCAUCUCUCCUCUCUCUCUCAUCUCUCUCAUCUCUUCCUCAUCUCUCCCUCAUCUCUCUCAUCUCUCCCUGAUCUCUCCCUCGUCUCUCUCUCAUCUCUCCCUCGUCACUCUCUCGUCUCUCCAUCGUCUCCACCUGGUCUCUCCCUCUUCUCUCUCUCGUCUCUCCCUCAUCUCGCCAUCUUCUCUCUCUCUUCUCUCUCCUUCAUCUCUCUCUCAUAUCUCUCAUCUCUCUGUCAACCCUCCAUCAUCUCUCGCUCAUCUCUCUCUCAUCUCUCCCUGAUCUCUCCCUCGUCUCUCUCUCAUCUCUCCCUCGUCUCUCUCUCGUCUCUCCCUCGUCUCUCCCUCGUCUCUUCCUCGUCGCUCCCUCGUCGCUCCCUCGUCUCUCUUUUGUCUCUCCCUCGUCUCUCUUCUCUCUCUCUUGUCUCUACCUCGUCUCUCGUCUCUCUUUCAUCUCUCUCUCAACUCUCUCUCAACUCACUCUCAUCCUCCCUCAUCUCUCUCAGCUCUCACUCAUCUCUCCCUCAUCUCUCUCUCUCAUCUCUCAGCUCUUGCUCAUCUCUCCCUCGUCUCUCCCUCGUCUCUCCCUCGUCUCUCCCUCGUCUCUCCCAUCUCUCUCAUCUCUCCCUCAUCUCUCCCUCAUAUCAAUUCAAUUCAAUUCAAUUCAAUUCGCUUUAUUGGCAUGACGUAACAAUGUACAUAUUGCCAAAGCUUACUUUGGAUAUUUACAAUAUAAAAAAUAAAUAAAAAUGAGAAUCAAAAAUUGUCAACGGGACAACAGUAACAACAAUAACCAACGGUCAAUAUAACCAUACAUUCAACAAUAACAAUAAUCAUACAGUUGAGGACAUGUGCAGGUUUAUUGGUCUGUCAGACACUGUUCCUCAACUUAUGGCAGGCAGCAAUGUAGUGCGCUGCCAACCCACAGCUCUCUGCGUCCUCCCCCAACAGGAUGGGUAGCCUAUCCUCAUCAGAGAGGUCUUUAAAACCUUGAAUAAGGAUUUUCAAAUUUGGGGAAAUGACACUCUCUAAUUGUUUUAUAUUUUUGACAUUUUGUCAGGAAAUGCAGCUCCGUCUCAGGUUCUGCUGUUGUGCAGUGGUUGCACAGCCUUUCCUCUACAGGGAGCCAGGUUUUCCUGUGUCUACCCUUCUCAAUGGCAAGGCUGUGCUCACUGAGCCUGUACUUUGUCAAGGUUUUUCUAAGGUUUUGAUCAGUAAACCAUGGUCAAAUAUUUAGCCAUAGUGUACUGUCGAUUUAGGGCCAGAUAGCACUGCAUUUUGCUUUGUGUUUGUGCUUGUGUUUCCCAAUAAGCAAUGUAGUUUUGUUUUGACUGUGUUGUAAUUUGGUUUAUUCUGAUUGAUUGGAUGUUCUGGUCCUGAGGCUUCAGUGUGUUAGUAGAAACAGGUUUGUGAACUCAGCCCCAGGACCAGCUGGAUGAGGGGACUCUUUUCUUUGCUCAGCUCUUGGCAUUGCAGGGCUUGGUAAUGAUAUGAGAGGGGGUCACUGUAUUUUAGAUGUUUCCAAAACUUAAUUGCUCUUUUUUGAGUUUUUAUUAUUAGUGGAUAUUGGCCUAAUUCUGCCCUGCAUGCAUUGUUUGUAGUUUUCCUCUGGACACGUAGGAGAAUCUUACAGAAACUCUGCAUGUAGGGUUUCAAUGGGGUGUUUGUCCCAUUUGAUGAAAUCUUGUUUUGCAAGUGGACCCCACACCUCGCUGCCAUAAAGUGCAAUUGGUUCAAUGGACAAUUCAAUAGUUUUAGCCAAAUUUUUAAUAGGUAUUUCAAUUUGAAUUUGCUUUUUAAUGGCGUAGAAUUGCCCUGCGUGCUUUCUCUCUCAGUUCAUUCACUGCCUCAUUAAGGUGUCCAGUUGAGCUUAUUUUUAAACCUAAGUAAUUGUAUAUCUAUAUGUCUAUAUAAUAUGCAUAUCUCUCACAUCUCUCUCUCAUCUCUCUCUCAUCUCUCCCUCAUCUCUCUCAUCUCUCUCAUCUCUUUCUCAUCUCUCCCUCACUCUCUCAUAUCUUCCUCAUCUCUCCGUCAGCUCUCUCUCAUCUCUCCCUCAUCAUCUCCUCAUCUCACUCUCAAACUCCUCAUCUCUCUCUCAAAUCUCUCUCAUCUCUCCCUCAUCUCUCCCUCAUAUCUCUCUCAUCUCUCUCUCAUCUCUCUCAUCUCUUUUCAUCUCUCCCUCAUCUCUCUCAUCUCUCAUCUCUCAUCAUCUCUCCCUCAUCUCUCUCAUCUCUCCUCAUCUCUCCCUCAGCUCUCUAUCUCUCCCUCAUCUCUCCCUCACUCUCUCUCAACUCUCUAUCUCUCUCGUCUCUCUCAUCUCUCCCUCAUCUCUCCCUUAUCUCUCCCUCAUCUCUCUCAUCUCUAACUCAUCUCUCUCUCUUCUCUCUGUCGUCUCUCUCAUCUCUCCCUCAUCUCUCUCUCAUCUCUCCCUCGUCUCUCUCUCAUCUCUCUCUCGUCUGUCUCUCGUCUCUCCCUCGUCUCUCCCUCGUCUCUCUUUUUUCUCUCCCUCGUCUCUCUCUCGUCUCUCUCUCGUCUCUCUCAUCUCUCCCUCAUCUCUCUCAUCUCUCCCUCAUCUCUCUCUCAUCUCUCCCUCAUCUCUCUCUCAUCUCUCCCUCGUCGCUCCCUCGUCUCUCUCUUGUCUCUCCCUCGUCUCUCUUCUCUCUCUCUCGUCUUUCCCUCGUCUCUCUCUCGUCUCUCCCAUCUCUCUGAUCUCUCCCUCAUCUCUCAUCAUCUCUCUCAUCUCUUUCUCAUUACUCUCUCAUCUCUUUCUCAUUACUCUCUCAUCUCUCCCUCAUUUCUCCCUCAUCUCUCUCUCAUCUCUUCCUCAGCUCUCCCUCAGCUCUCUCUCGUCUCUCCCUCGUCUCUCCCUCUUCUCUCCUCGUCUCUCUCUCAUCUCUCCGUCAUCUCUCCCUCGUCUCUCUCUCGUCUCUCCCCCGUCUCUCCCUCGUCGCUCCCUCGUCUCUCCUCGUCUCUCUCUCAUCUCUUCCUCGUCGCUCCCUUUUCUCUCUCUUGUCUCUCUCUCGUCUCUCCCUCGUCUCUCCCUCGUCUCUCUCUCGUCUCUCCCUCGUCUCUCUCUCUCAUCUCUCCUUCAUCUCUCUCUCAUCUCUCUCAUCUCUCCCUCAUCUCUUCCUCAUCUCUCUCUCAACUCUCUCAUCUCUCCCUCAUCCCUCUCUCAUCUCUCCCUCGUCUCUCUCUCAUCUCUUUCUCAUCUGUCUCUCGUCUCUCCCUGGUCGCUCCCUCGUCACUCUUUUGUCUCUCCCUCAUCUCUCUCUCGUCUCUCUCUCGUCUCUCCCUCGUCUCACUCUCGUCUCUCCCUCAUCUCUCCCUCAUGUCUCUCAUCUCUCCAUCAUCUAUCUCAUCUCUCCCUCUUCUCUCUCUCAUCCCUCCCUCAUCUCUGCCUCGUCUCUCUCGUCUCUCACUUGUAGCUCCCUCGUCUCUCUCUUGUCUCUCCCUUGUCUCUCUUCUCUCUCUCUCGUCUUUCCCUCGUCUCUCUCUCGUCUCUCUCUCGUCUUUCCAAUCUCUCUCAUCUCUCCCCCAUCACUCCCUCAUAUCUCUAUCAUCUCUCUCUCAUCUCUCUCUCUCAUCUCUCUCUCUCAUCUCUCCCUCAUCUCUCUCAUCUCUUUCUCAUUACUCUCUCAUCUCUUUCUCAUUACUCUCUCAUCUCUCCCUCAUCUCUCCCUCAUCUCUCUCUCAUCUCUUCCUCAGCUCUCCCUCAGCUCUCUCUCGUCUCUCCCUCGUCUCUCCCUCUUCUCUCCUCAUUUCUCUCUCAUCUCUCCCCCGUCUCUCCCUCGUCUCUCCCUCGUCUCUCUCUCGUCUCUCUCUCGUCUCCUCCUCGUCUCUCCCUCGUCUCUCUCUCGUCUCUUCCACAUCUCUCCCUUGUCUCUCCCUCAUCUCUCCCUCAUCUCUCCCUCAUCUCUCUCCCUCAUCUCUCCCUCAUCUUUCUCUCACCUCUCCCUCAACUCUCUCAUCUCUCCCUCAUCUCUCUCUCAUCUCUCCCUCAUCUCUCCCUCAUCUCUCCCUCAUCUUUCACUCAUCUCUCCCUCGUCUCUCUCAUCUCUCUCUCAUCUCUCCCUCAUCUCUCCCUCAGCUCUCUCUCAGCUCUCUCUCAGCUCUUGGUCAUCUCUCGCUCAUCUCUACCUCGUCUCUCCCUCGUCUCUCUCAGCUCUCACUCAUCUCUCUCUCAUCUCUCUCCCUCAUCUCUCCCUCAUCUCUCUCUCUCUCAUCUCUCUCUCAUCUCAUUCAUCUCUCUCAUCUCUCCCUCAUCUCUCCCUCAACUCUCCCUCAUCUCUCUCUCGUCUCUCUCAUCUCUCCCUCGUCUCUCCCUCGUCUCUCUCUUGUCUCUCCCUCGUCUCUCUCAUCUCUCCCUCAUAUCUCUCUCAUCUCUCCCUCAACUCUCUCAUCUCUGCCUCAACUCUCUCAGCUCUCACUCAUCUCUGCCUCAUCUCUCUCUCAUCUCUCUCAUCUCUCCCUCAUCUUUCUCUCAUCUCUCCCUCGUCUCUCUCGUCUCUCCCUCAUCUCUCCCUGAUCUCUCUCACCUCUCUCUCAGCUCUUGCUCGUCUCUCGCUCGUCUCUCCCUCGUCUCUCCCUCUUCUCUCCCUCGUCUCUCCCUCGUGUCUCCCUGGUGUCUCCCUCGUGUCUCCCUCGUCUCUCCCUCGUCUCUCCCUCAUCUCUCUCCCUCAUCUCUCUCCCUCAUCUCUCCAUCAUCUCUCCCUCAUCUUUCUCUCAUCUCUCCCUCGUCUCUCUCGACUCUCGCUCGUCUCUCCUUCGUCUCUCUCUCGUCUCUCUCUCGUCUCUCUCUCGUCUCUCUCUCGUCUCUCUCUCAUCUCUCCCUCCUCUCUCCCUCAUCUCUCCUUCAUCUAUCCCUCAUCUCUCCCUCAUCUCUCCCUCAGCUCUCUCUCAGCUCUCUCGUCUCUCGCUCGUCUCUCCCUCGUCUCUCCCUCGUCUCUCUCAGCUCUCACACAUCUCUCCCUCAUCUCUCUCCCUCAUCUCUCUCUCAUCUCUCCCUCAUCUCUCCCUCAUCUCUCCAUCAUCUCUCUCUCAUCUUUCUCUCGUCUCUCUCUCUCAUCUCUCUCUCAUCUCUCCCUCAUCUCUCCCUCAUCUCUCCCUCAUCUUUCUCUCAUCUCUCCCUCGUCUCUCUCGUCUCUCCCUCAUGUCUCCCUGAUCUCUCUCCCUCAUUUCUCCCUCACCUCUCUCUCAGCUCUCUCUCAGCUCUUGCUCGUCUCUCAAUCGUCUCUCCCUCGUCUCUCCCUCGUGUCUCCCUCGUCUCUCACUCGUCUCUCCCUCGUGUCUCCCUCGUGUCUCCCUCGUCUCUCCCUCGUCUCUCUCUCAUCUCUCUCUCAUCCCUCCUUCAUCUCUCCCUCACCUCUCUCUCGUCUCUCUCUCGUCUCUCUCUCGUCUCUAACUCAUCUCUCCCUCUCAUCUCUCCCUCAUCUCUCCCUCAUCUCUCCCUCAACUCUCCCUCAUCUCUCUCUCGUCUCUCUCAUCUCUCCCUCGUCUCUCCCUCGUCUCGCUCUUGUCUAUCCCUCGUCUCUCUCAUCUCUCCCUCAUAUCGCUCUCAUCUUUCUCAUCUCUCCCUCAACUCUCUCAUCUCUGCCUCAACUCUCUCAGCUCUCACUCAUCUCUGCCUCAUCUCUCUAUCAUCUCUCUCAUCUCUCACUCAUCUUUCUCUCAUCUCUCCCUCGUCUCUCCCUCUUCUCUCCCUCGUCUCUCCCUCGUCUCUCGAUCAUCUCUCUCCCUCAUCUCUCUCCCUCAUCUCUCAUCAUCUCUCCCUCAUCUUUCUCUCAUCUCUCCUCGUCUCUCGUCUCUCCCUCGUCUCUCCCUCGUCUCUCGCUCGUCUCUCCCUCUUCUCUCCCUCGUCUCUCCCUCGUGUCUCCCUCGUGUCAACCUCGUCUCUCCCUCGUCUCUCCCUCGUCUCUCCAUCAUCUCUCUCCCUCAUCUCUCUCCCUCAUCUCUCCAUCAUCUCUCCCUCAUCUUUCUCUCAUCUCUCCCUCGUCUCUCUCGUCUCCCCCUCGUCUCUCCCUCGUCUCUCUCUCGUCUCUCUCUCGUCUCUCUCUCCUCUCUCUCUCGUCUCUCUCUCAGCUCCCUCAUCUCUCCCUCAUCUCUCCUUCAUCUCUCCCUCAUCUCUCCCUCAGCUCUCUCUCAGCUCUCUCAGCUCUUGCUCGUCUCUCGCUCGUCUCUCCCUCGUCUCUCCUUCGUCUCUCUCAGCUCUCACUCAUCUCUCCCUCAUCUCUCUCCCUCAUCUCUCUCAUCUCUCCCUCAUCUCUCCCUCAUCUCUCUCUCAUCUCUCUCUAAUCUCUCUCAUCUCUCCCUCAUCUCUCCCUCAUCUUUCUCUCAUCCCUCCCUCGUCUCUCCCUCGUCGCUCCCUCGUCUCUCCCUCGUCUCUCCCUCAUCUCUCCCUCGUCUCUCCCUCAUCUCUCCCUCGUCUCUCUCUCGUCUCUCCCUCGUCUCUCCCUCGUCGCUCCCUCGUCUCUCUCACGUCUCUCUCUCAUCUCUCCCUCGUCGCUCCCUUUUCUCUCUCUUGUCUCUUUCUCGUCUCUCCCUCGUUUCUCCCUCGUCUCUCUCUUCUCUCCCUCGUCUCUCUCUCUCAUCUCUCAUUCAUCUCUAUCUCAUCUCUCUCAUCUCUCCCUCAUCUCUUCCUCAUCUCUCCCUCAGCUCUCCCUUAUCUCUCUCUCAUCUCUCUCAUCUCUCCCUCGUCUCUACCUCGUCUCUCCCUCGUCUCUCCCUCGUCUCUCCCUGUCGCUCCCUCGUCUCUCCCUCGUUUCUCCCUCUUCUCUCCCUCGUCUCUCCCUCGUUUCUCCGUCGUCUCUCCCUCGUCUCUCCCUCGUCUCUCCCUCGUCGCUCCCUCGUCUCUCUCUCGUCUCUCUCUCAUCUCUCCCUCGUCGCUCCCUUUUCUCUCUCUUGUCUCUCUCUUGUCUCUCCCUCAUUUCUCCCUCGUCUCUCUCUCGUCUCUCCCUCGUCUCUCUCUCUCAUCUCUUCCUCAUCUCUCCCUCAUCUCUCCCUUAUCUCUCGCUCAUCUCUCGCUCAUCUCACCCUCAUCUCUCUCUCAUCUCUCUCAUCUCUCCCUCGUCUCUCCCUCGUUUCUCCCUUGUUUCUCCCUCGUCUCUCGCUCGUCUCUCGCUCGUCUCUCGCUCGUCUCUCGCUCGUCUCUCGCUCUUCUCUCGCUCGUCUCUCGCUCAUCUCUUGCUCAUCUCUCCCUCAGCUCUCGUUCAUCUCUCUCUCAUCUCUCAUCUGUCCCUUCAUGAUUUGCAGAAAUAGCUUGUUAUUUUUUGACGAUUAGGAGAACAAAUAUUCGGCUGAAUUUUCCUUUAAAGGUAUUACAAUAAAUAAAUAUACAGUAAUUGAUCACACCUCUAGACCUACAGGUAAGACCAACGAACACAUGACCAUGCUUUAAUUCAUGUUUACACAGAGAAAGAGAGUGAUUGUACAAUAAUAUACUAUACCAUAUCGUGAAAUGCUGACUUAAUAAAAGCUGAUUUUGGGCCAGUAAAUACAAAACGUCCUAAGAGAAUGUCUAAGCAGAAGCAGUAUACUGCACAGACAAAAUAGUUGUUAUUACAGACAAGGGUGAGUGGCUGGCAACCUGACACAGAGUGAGAUAGACCAUUAUGCAGUGAAAGGCCUGAGGGAUAUAGAGAGUUGAGAUGUGUAUCCUUGUCCUCUCUCAGCUCUUGCUCGUCUCUCGCUCAUCUCUCCCUCGUCUCUCCUUCGUCUCUCUCAGCUCUCACUCAUCUCUCCCUCAUCUCUCUCCCUCAUCUCUCUCUCAUGUCUCCCUCAUCUCUCCCUCAUCUCUCUCUCAUCUCUCUCUCAUCUCUCUCUCAUCUCUCUCUCAUCUCUCCCUCAUCUCUCCCUCAUCUUUCUCUCAUCUCUCCCUCGUCUCUCUCGUCUCUCCCUCAUCUCUCCCUCGUCUCUCCCUCAUCUCUCCCUCAUCUCUCUCAUCUCUCCCUGAUCUCUCCCUCAUCUCUCCCUCAGCUCUCUCUCAGCUCUCUCAGCUCUCCUUCAUCUCUCUCUCAUCUCUCUCAUCUCUCCCUCAUCUCUCCCUUAUCUCUCGCUCAUCUCUCGCUCAUCUCUCGCUCAUCUCUCUCUCAUCUCUCUCAUCUCUCCCUCGUCUCUCCCUCGUCUCUCCCUCGUUUCUCCCUCGUCUCUCGCUCGUCUCUCGCUCGUCUAUCGCUCGUCUCUCGCUCAUCUCUCGCUCAUCUCUCCCUCAGCUCUCGUUCAUCUCUCUCUCAUCUCUCUCAUCUCUCAUCUCUCCCUCAUCUCUCCCUCAUCUCUCCCUCAUCUCUCUCUCAGCUCUCCCUCGUCUCUUUUUCAUCUUUCUCUCGUCUCUCCCUCGUCUCUCUCUGUUUUAUCUCUCCCUCAUAUCUCUCUCAUCUCUCUCUCAUCUCUCUCUCAUCACUCUCAUCUCUCUUUCUCAUCUCUCUCUAAACUCUCUCUCAUCUAUCUCUCUCGUCUCUCUCUCGUCUCUCUCGUCUCUCUCGUCUCUCGUUUGUCUCUCGCUCAUCUCUCGCUCGUCUCUCGCUCGUCUCUCGCUCGUCUCCCGCUCGUCUCUCCCUCGUUUCUUCCUCUCAUCUCUCCCUCAUCUCUCCCUCAUCUCUCUCUCAUCUCUCUCUCAUCUCUCUCUCAUUUUCCCUCAUCUCUCUCUUCUCAGCUCUCUCUCAGCUCUCUCUCUGCUCUAUCUCUGCUCUCUCUCUGCUCUCUCUCUUCUCUCUCUGCUCUCUCUCUCGUCUCUCCCUCGUCUCUUCCUCGUCUCUCUCUCGUCUCUCUCUCAUCUCACCCUCGUUUCUUCCUCAUCUCUCUCUCGUCUCUCCGUAGUCUCUCCCUCAUCUCUCCCUCAUCUCUCUCUCAUCUCUCCCUCGUCUCUCCCUCAUCUCUCACCUAAUUUUUUAUUUUUCCUCUCCUCGUGUCAGACCAGCUGACUCUCCACAUUCAGAUGAUGGAUUGUCCCGCCAGACAGUCCCUGGUCAUACAGUACAAGGCUGCUGCUUAUGCUCGUCUCACCUCACGGCCCCCUCUCCCCUUCUCCCCCGCGUCUCUCACCCCUCUCUCCUCUCCCUCGUCCCACCAGGUAUGUCUUGUGGCUGUGGGCCGUUACUCUGACGCCCGCCUCACUGACACGUGGAUAAACAAGCACUGGCUGGCUUGGCGUCGUGCUCUGACAAUAAGGGAUUUCUCCCAUACUCUCGCCGAGGCCCAACAAAGGCUAUAUUGAUGCUGAACUCCAAUAGUUGGUAGGCUAAGGAGGAAAGGGAAAAGAGGGAGGAAGCGGUGCUGUGCAGUUAAAGAGAUCCCUGAAAUGUGGAAGACGGAGUAGGUGAGUGUAGUCCACAAAGGAGGGGGUGUGGGGGGGGGGGGGGGGGGUUGAAUGUCACCUCUGUGUAAGGUCAUUUCAAAUGAAACAGUAUGGCCUCUUGUGCGACAGCUCCAAAGAUAGAGGUGGCCUUACAGAUCAUCCUUUUUGCAGUUUUGCAAAUGAUCAGAUCUCACAAUGUCUGGAAAAGUGUAAAACAUCCCAGGAACUACAUUCAUGUGAUAGCAAUCUUCUGAGAUGCAUAGUGCAACUGCAAAGAAGACAACCUGCAAAACCAUCGUGUUCUCGAGGUUGAUCAAUGAUGUGCAUUGAUGUCCGAGGUAAUAAAAGAGUGUUUGUUAAUUGAAGUAAUGUCUAUGUUGUUGUAAUAUCGCAAACGGACGUGGCAAUUUCACCGCAAUGGAUUCCAAUUUAAAUAGGGACCAUUGUUUUUAUAACAACACAAAAAGUCUCAUACACUAUAUUACUCCCAGUAAUUUAUUAGAGGACUUGGUAACACAUUACUGUAGGUGUCCUUAUACAUGUACUCAUAAAGCCUUUAUGUUAACUAUAUAACACAUUACAACAUUUGACAUAACCUGUCAUAAGUCGUUUUAAAUAGUUAUGAGUCACGGCAUGAGAUGUUAUGAAAACUGUUAAAAUAAUCCAUGGGCAAAGGGACAAAUUUCACAUACUUAUCCACUUUGGGGUGGCAAAGACUAAUGAUUUUCAUUAAGGUCCAUGUCUGUGGGUUAUAUUUUGGUAUGAAAGCAAUGUAUCGGAGGUAGCUAAAUGUUACUAUCACUGCAUUAUAUGUUAUGACCCAUGUGUAGUUAGUUGGGCCAACAGGAGUAUGACCCCACUAGAAUCAACAUUCAGAUAUAACACUCACAAACCUUUUUACCUCAACACCAAGAUUUUAUUAACACCCGCAACUUUGCUAUGUGACUUCAAGAUGGCCAAAGUCGCUCCCCUCCUCAAGAAACCAACACUCGACCUCUCUGACGUCAAAAACUGCAGACCGGUAUCCCUUCUUUCUUUUCUUUCCAAAACACAAAACACUUGAGUGUGCUGUCUCUGACCAACUCUCUUGUUAUCUCUCUCAGAAUAAUCUUCUUGACCCUAACCAGUUAGGCUUUAAGACAGCUCACUCAACUGAAACCGCUCUCCUCUGUUUCAUGGAAGCUCUCCGCUCUGCCAAAGCUGACUCUCUCUCCUCUGUUCUCAUCCUCCUAGAUCUAUCUGCUGCCUUCGACACCGUGAACCAUCAGAACCAGCUUCCCCCUGAAGCUAGAACAGCAGAGUCCCUGCCCAUCUGCCGAAAACAUCUGAAACCUAACCCUCCCCCAUAAAAAAAGCAUGUUCCUACUAUCAAUCAAUCAAUCAAAUGUAUUUAUAAAGCCCUUUUUACAUCAGCAGAUGUCACAAAGUGCUAUACAGAAACCCAGCCUAAAACCCCAAACAGCAAGCAAUGCAGAUGUAGAAGCACUGACUUUAUAGAAGCACUGACUUUGCUGAUAACUACUUUAUUGAGGGAAAAUGUACUUGCUAAGACUGUGAUAUGUGGUUGUCUCACCCAACUAUCUUAAGAUGAAUGGACUAAUUGCAAGUUGCUCUGGAUAAGAGUUGGGGCACGAUACCGAUACUGCUCAGUGUCUUCUAUCUUUGCCUUGUGCAUGUGUGUGUGUGUGUGCGUGUGUUUGUGUGUGCGUACAUUUAUUCCUUCUCAAACAUUACACACAUUGCCAAAAUUGAGGAUCACUUGCCGAAGCUGUUCAUCUAUGGCUAGACAUCCUCAAAAGUGCAUAACUGCACCAGAACUCUCAGCACAUAAAAGGCGAUUGAUGACUAGCCAUAACAUUUUGAUAUUAAUCUUUGAAAGGCUUUCCUUAUCUGCAGUAAUAUUAGCAUUACCUCUACUUACGGAUCCCAUCAGUCUCUUAUCCAUAAAUAACAAAGCUGUGCAAUAAAGGUGAGUAUCUAAGAUGAGACAAUGUGAUGCUUUUUAUAUAGUCUCCACUCAAAGUUGGUGAAUUGCAAGAGGCCUUAAAGGGAUAGUUUACCCAAAUAACAUCAAGUUGUUUUGUGAUUUGGUUGAACUAUCACUUUAAGGUGAUUAAAAUAGGCUGACUGAAACACAGUGGACAUUAGGAUGGGAGUCAUUUCCAUUUAAACUCUGUAAAAUUAACUCUGAUUCUCUUCAUGAGUUGCAGAAAUAGCUCGUUAUUUUUUGACGAUUAGGAGAACAAAUAUUCGGCUGAAUUUUCCUUUACAGUUAUUACAAUAAAUAAAUAUACAGUAAUUGAUCACACCUCUAGACCUACAGGUAAGACCAACGAACACAUGACCAUGCUUUAAUUCAUGUUUACACAGAGAAAGAGAGUGAGUGUACAAUAAUAUACUACACCAUAUCGUGAGAUGCAGACUUAAUAAAAGCUGAUUUUGGGCCAGUAAAUACAAAACGUCCUAAGAGAAUGUCUAAGCAGAAGCAGUAUACUGCACAGACAAAAUAGUUGUUAUUACAGACAAGGGUGAGUGGCUGGCAACCUGACACAGAGUGAAAUAGAUUAUUAUGCAGUGAAAGGCCUGAGGGAUAUAGAGAGUUGAGAUGUCUAUCCCUGUCCUUGUCCAUCAAGGGAAGAAUCCAGAGCCAUAGCUCCACCUGCAGGAUCUUGAGGCAAAUAAGAACAUUGUGUACCUCAAGAAUGAACACAGACCUCCUAGUAUAGUAGUAGUUACAUAGUAAUAAAGUAGUAGCACUAUAUUUACAGUGCUUACAAAUACACAAAUAACUUAAAAACCUUAUCAUUAUCAUUAAGUUUGGGUAAUCUCAACAAAUAUUAUCAUUAAGAUUGGGUAAUCUUACCAAUCUUAUCUCAUAUAGAUUUGGUAAGCCUGUGUUGGUUUAUAUAUUAUUUUUAGGAUGGAAAUAUAAGCCAUUACUUACUUGGGGAGCAUAGGCCAUCGACUACUCCUCUCCAUCACACUCUGGUCUGGGCAGUCUUCUGAAUAAACCUUUGCCUCUUUAAAAAAGGUUUAACAACCUGUGCCUCCAUUUGAAGAGGGAUUAAUCAACAUAACCCCUCUCUUCUAAAAGCGUUAAUGAACUCGGUGUUACAUUUCCAAACUCGGCAAUCGCUUUGCAUUAAUUGAUACAUUGAAUAUAAUGGCCAAUUAGAAACAUUACAAAUACUGUAGUAUUUCAGUUCAGCUGAACUCAAUUGACCCAAUCGUACACCUCCUCUGUGUGAUUUUCAUCCACAAACAGAAUAUUCUGUAACAUCCUUACUCAAACAUGGCACUAGUACACCGAAUACACAUAUUUAAUAUUGUCAAACCUUGGUCUGAAUUAAAACAUGUCUAUAUAAAAAUGUAGCACUGUGACACAAAGUAAUAGCAAGCUGAAGCACUACGUUAAAUAUAGAUAAUAUAAUUAUAUAAAAAUAAGAACAUAUGGAACAUAAGGAAUAAACCCUCACUAGACUAGAUCAUUCUCUCUUGGAUGUUUGAGAGGACUUAGGCAUGCUCUGUACUCUGUAUCUGUGAUUCACUCAUUAAGGGGGGCAAUGGUACUGUACCAUAUCAAGUUAGAUACUAGACAGCGUUUUGACUGCACCAGAGUAUCACUGCCAGGUCCAGGACCUAAUUACGGUAAUACAAUUACCAAACAACAGCUGCGAUGAUAACCAGUCACUGCUCUGGAAGCGGACUACAUCAGUCCAAAAUGUGCUCCCACAUCAGUUCCCCUGGAACUCCCUGUAGUUGUUUUCAGGUACACAUUGGACCAUGAACAUAGCUGGAAAACAGAAAACUGAAUGAAUGGUCUGGGACCUAGUCCAUUCACACAGAGUUCAGGGUCCGCCAAAUGGCACGGUGUCCUUGAUGGAGAAAGUGAAUGCUUCUCUCAAAGGGCAAGGAUUGAUGCUAAAGUUGUCUGUUAUAUUAUAGGGGAAACUCUCUGUGGUUGUGAGCAAUAUGGUGACAUCUAAUCAAUUAGGCUCUCAAAUUGAAUUUUGUAAUUUUGUAAAGCAACUGAACGCAAAAAACAACAUAUCUGGUUGAAAACGUCCUAUGUGGCAUUGAUAUUAGUCAGAAACAUUUAUUCCAGCGACAUAAUUGACCAAAAAGUGGAACUAAAUUUGUGAGAUUUGUAUAACUGAGGUCGUCACGACUUACAUGAGGGUUGGAUUGGGAUUACAAUCAUGCCCACUUGCCCACUAACAUGAGAUGAAACAGCUGUGCUGAUUGCGCUCUAUCCAAUCGUAGCUCCAGACAGUGAACCAGACCUGUCCAUUACUCAGCACCUCAGACUUGAACUUGUUUACAUAAGACAACACGUCGCCAAUGUUAUACGAUUUUUUUUGUCAUUUAACAGACGCUCUUAUCCAGAGCGAUUUACAGUUAGUGAGUGCAUACAUUUUUCAUAGCACUCUCAUCUGAGUGUGCCAGAGCGCAGAAUAGCUGAUGAAUUUACGAACCCUCAACACCCGUUGAAUAUGGCCGGUGUCAGUUUAAAAAAAAGCGUAGUUAAAUUGUUGCCAGCAGCACAGUUACAAUCACCAAUGCUCUGGAUAACAUAAAAACAGCGUAACCAGCUCUGCUAGGGCUAGUAAAAUCAAAUCAAAUCAAAUUGUAUUUGCCUCAUGCGCCGAAUACAACAGGUGUAGACCUUACAGUGAAAUGCUUACUUACAAGCCCUUAACCAACAAUGCAGUUUUAGGAAAAAUUAGUUUUAAGUAAAAAAAUAGAUAAGUAAAAAAUAUUAAAGAGCAGCAGUAAAAUAAACUUACAGUAGGGAGGCUAUAUACAGGGGGUAUCGGUACAGAGUCAAUGUGUGGGGGCACAGGUUAGUCGAGGUAAUUGAGAUAAUAUGUACAUGUGGGUAGAGUUAAAGUGACUAUGCAUAAAUAAUAAACAGAGCACAGCAGCAGCGUAAAAGAGGGGGUAGGGUGGGGUGGGGUUGGGUUGGGUUGGGUGGGGGGGAAAUGCAAAUAGUCUGGGUAGCCAUGAUUAGCUGUUCAGGAGUCUUAUGGCUUGGGGGUAGAAGCUGUUAAGAAGCCUUUUGGACCUAGACUUGGCGCUCCAGUACCGCUUGCCGUGCGGUAGCAGAGAGAACAGUCUAUGACUAGGGUGGCUGGAGUCGUUUACAAUUUUUAGGGCCUUCCUCUGACACCACCUGGUAUAGAGGUCCUGGAUGGCAGGAAGUUUGGCCCCAGUGAUGUACUGGACAUUACUCUGUAGUGCCUUGCGGUCGGAGGCCGAGCAGUUGCCAUACCAGGCAGUGAUGCAACCAGUCAGGAUGCUCUCGAUGGUGCAGCUGUAGAUCGUACUUUUUGGAGAAAUGUCCUCUGGUCUGAUGAAACAAAAAUAGAACUGUUUGGCCAUAAUGACCAUCGUCAUGUUUGGAGGAAAAAGGGGGUUGCUUGCAAGCCGAAGAACACCAUCCCAACCGUGAAGGAGUCCCCUGUAGCUCAGUUGGUAGAGCAUGGUGCUUGCAACGCCAGGGUUGUGGGUUUGUUUCCCACGGGGGGCCAGUAUGAAAAAAUGUAUGCACUCACUAACUGUAAGUCGCUCUGGAUAAGAGCGUCUGCUAAAUGACUAAAAUGUAAAUGUAAGCACGGGGUGGCAGCAUCAUGCUGUGGGGGUGCUUUGCUGCAGGAGGGACUGGUGCACUUCACAAAAUAGGUGGCAUCAUGAGGAAGGAAAAUUAGGUGGAUAUAUUGAAGCAACAUCUCAAGACAUCAGUCAGGAAGUUAAAGCUUGGUCGCAAAUGGGUCUUCCAAAUGGACAAUGACCCCAAGCAUACUUCCAAAGUUGUGGCAAAAUGGCUUAAGGACAACAAAGUCAAGGUAUUGAAGUGGCCAUCACAAAUCCCUGACCUCAAUCCUAUAGAAAAUUUGUGGGCAGAACUGAAAUAACGUGUGCGAGCAAGGAGGCCUACAAACCAGACUCAGUUACACCAGCUCUGUCAGGAGGAAUGGGCCAAAAUUCACCCAACUUAUUGUGGGAAACUUGUGGAAGGCUACCCGAAACAUUUGACCCAAGUUAAACAAUUUAAAGGCAAUGCUACCAAAUAUUAAUUGAGUGUAUGUAAACUUCUGACCCAUUGGGAAUGUGAUUAAAUAAAUACAAGCUGAAAUAAAUCAUUCUGUCUAUUAAUAUUCUGACGUUUCACAUUCUUAAAAUAAAGUGGUGAUCCUAACUGACCUAAGACAGGAAUAACUGAGUUUGAAUGUAUUUGGCUAAGGUGUAUGUAAUCUCCCCAUUUUAGCUACUGUUCUAUCAAUAUGUUUUGACCAUGACAGUUUACAAUCCAGGGUUACCCCAAGCAGUUUAGUCACCUCAAUUUGCUCAAUUUCCACAUUAUGUAUUACAAGAUUUAGUUGAGGUUUAGUGUUUAGUGAAUGAUUUGUCCCAAAUACAAUGCUUUUAGUUUUAGAAAUAUUUAGGACUAACUUAUUCCUUGCCUCCCGGUCUGAAUCUAACUGCAACUCUUUGUUAAGUGUUGCAGUCAUUUCAGUCACUGUCGUAGCUGACACAUAUAGAGUUGAGUCAUCCGCAUACAUAGACACUCUGGCUUUACUCAAAGCCAGUGGCAUGUCAUUAGUAAAGAUUGAAAAAAUUAAUGGCCUAGACAGCUGCACUGGGGAAUUCCUGAUUCUACCUGGAUUAUGUUGGAGAGGCUUCCAUUAAAGAACACCCUCUGUGUUCUGUUGGACAGGUAACUCUUUAUCCACAAUAUAGCAGGGGGUUUAAAGCCAUAACACAUACGUUUUUCCAUCAGCAGACUAUGAUCGAUAAUGUCAAAAGCCGUACUGAAGUCUAACAAAACAGCCCCCACAAUCUUUUUAGUAUUAAUUUCUCUAAGCCAAUCAUCAGUCAUUUGUGUAAGUGCUGUGAUUGUUGAAUGUCCUUCCUUGUAAGCAUGCUGAAAGUUUGUUGUCAAUUUGUUUACUGUAUUGUAUCUGGUCAAACACCAUGGUUGAAACUACGCUCAUGGUUGGUAACAGGCUGAUUGGUCGGCUAUUUAGCCAGUAAAGGGGGCUUUACUAUUCUUAGGUAGCGGAAUGACUUUUGCUUCCCUCCAAGCCUAUGGGCACACACAUUCUAGUAGGCUUAAAUUGAAAAUAUGGCAAAUAGGAGUGGCAAUAUCAUCCGCUAUUAUCCUCAAUAAUUUUCCAUCCAAGUUGUCAGACUCCGGUGACUAAUUUUUUCACCUCUUCCACACUCACUUUACGGAAUUCAAAAUUACAAUGCUUGUCUUUCAUAAUUUGGUCAGAAAUACUUGGAUGUGUAGUGUCAGUGUUUGUUGCUGGCAUGUCAUGCCUAAGUUUGCCAAUCUUGCUAAUGAAAAAAGAAUUAACGUAGUUGGCAAUAUCAGUUGGUUUUGUGAUGAAUGAGCCAUCUGAUUCAAUGAAUGAUGGAGCUGAGUUUGUAUUUUUUCCCAAAAUUUCAUUUAAGGUGCUCCAAAGCGUUUUACUAUCAUUCUUUAUGUCAUUUAUCUUUGUUUCAUAGUGUAGUUUCUUCUUCUUUUUAUACAGUUUAGUCACAUGAUUUCUCAAUAUGCAAUACGUUUGCCAAUCGGUUGUGCAGCCAGACUUAUUUGCCAUUCCUUUUGCCUCAUCCCUCUCAACCAUAUCAUUUUUCAAUUCCUCAUCAAUCCAUGGGUAUUUAACAGUUUUUACAGUCAUUUUCUUAAUGGGUGCAUGCUUAUUAGUAACUGUAAUAAGCAAUUUCAUAAAUGUGUCAAGUGAAGUGUCUGUUUGCUCCUCAUUACACACCACGUACCAACAAAUAUUAUUUACACCAACAACAUAGGAAACACCACUAAACUUAUUGUAUGACCUCUUAUACACAACAUUAGGCCCAGCCUUUGGAACUUUGGUUUUCCUAGACAUGGCUAAUAUAUUGUGAUCACUACAUUCGAUAGAUUAGGAUACUGCUUUCAAACAAAUCUCUGCAGGGUACUGGAGUGUGAGGCAGGUCACGGCCCCUUAUUCAUCUAUAUUAUCUUAUCUAUCACCUACUGUACUGGAGUGGGAGGCCGGUCACGGCCCCUUAUUCAUCUAUAUUAAUUUAUCUAUCACCUACUGUACUGGAGUGGGAGGCCGGUCACGGCCCCCUAUUCAUCUAUAUUCUCUAUCACCUUGUCGUGACGUGACUUUCAUUAAUAUGAUGACUGUUAUUUAUCGAAUCAACUAACUAUGUUUAAUUGUAACUUGAUUAAAUUAAUAAUGUAACAAUUAACCCAUUAGGAAUUUGGGCAGCAUGGAAUAAGUUGUUUAACGAAUUACCAUCUCACAAAUUAAACUCUUAGAAGAUAUAUGUUAUAUAUCGAUAACAGUCACUUAUUAAAUAAUUACCUCUUAUCAGUCUCAUUCUGAACGUCGCAUAAUCCUUGAACCUGCAAGAACCCUAACCUUAUUGAUGAAUCAGCAAUACACAAAUUGGCUUAAUUAUUUAUUUACUAACUAACUAAAUAAUAACAGAAUACAAACACACACACAAUACAAUGAAAACAGGUCCCUAGUGGACUGGACUCACAAUAAGGAGGGGUCAGAGUGGAAGGGAGAGACAGAGAUUCAAACUAUCAUUGUUACAUUUGGAAACUACGCUCACAGUAAUCAUAAUACUUAGCACCCUAACCACCGCUCAUUCGGAUAAGAAAUGCAAUGUAUAUAUUUAUGUGUAGCUGUCCUUGAUUGUCUUUUCUCUGUUGAACCACUUUCUCAAAAAGGGUUUGAGUGUCCUGGUUCCACUUCGGUGAGACUCGACUUGUCUUCGAAUGGAGUGUUCGUUAGAAUAGAUACUUCAGAUGUAUCAACGGUUGUCAGAGAGGGAUUGUCCUUCCCAACUCGUGUCUUUACUGAAUGUUCUCUAGACGACUAUACAUGCCAGCUGCAGACUGGUAAUGGUACGGUCUAGUGAGUUUCUUCUUCUUGUGUAGAGAUUGAGAGUUUCAGAGUUUCUCAUCAUUUCAAACGUGUGGACUAACGUCUCACGUUUUCUGGUCUUUCUGGUCUAACCAUUUUAAGCCGGUAUAACGGUUGAUUUGUUUUUCAAGACUUUUUAUGCUCGGGUAAAAAAGGGCGUUCCAUCACGCCGACCCAAUGUCUGUGCUUACUUGGGCGUGGUUACUGACUGGCAAAAGUUUAUAUGAAAUUAUCUAAUUUAGAAGGCUAAAAUCACAUUGCCAUCUUCACAAACGUAUUCUCAUACUUAAUCAUAUAUUUUAUACAACAUUUAGAUGCAAACCUGAUAACUGAAAUGUAUACACUUCCAGAGAUAGUUAUUUAGUAAUACCAUCCUUAAUAACAUCACAAAACAAUAAACAAUAUGACAUGAUUAUUCUUUAGAUCCCCACCAACCAUUCCAACCACUUAGACGUCAGAAAUAAUGUUCCAAUGUCCAAUCAUUUGGAGAAAAAUGUUUUGGUGGCAGUCUGUCCCUGUAACACAGAGACAUUCAGAUCCAACAAGGAGUCAUUUGUUUCAAACCAUUUAGGAAAGGCGCGAGGAGUCAUAAACCCCCCCACAUCAAUCCCUCCUGUGUUCAUAAAAAUGACCAUGGGAGAGAGAGAGAGAGAUCUGUAGACUGUUGCUUCUCUGUAUUCUGAUCUUGGGCUUCUCACGUGGGACCAUCACAUGAGAGUCAUGACAACCUACUGUACUGGAGUGUGAGGCCGGUCACGGCCCCCUAUUAAUCUAUAUUCUCUAUUACCUACUGUACUGGAGUGUGAGACCGGUAAAGGCCCCCUAUUCAUCUAUAUUCUCUUAUCUAUCACCAACUGGACUGGAGUGUGAGGCCAGUCACGGCCCCCUAUUCAUCUAUAUUCUCUAUCACCUAGCAUACUGGAGUGUGAGGCCGAUCAAGGCCCCCUAUUCAUCUAUAUUCUCUAUCACCUAGCAUACUGGAGUGUGAGGCCGGUCAAGGCCCCCUAUUCAUCUAUAUUCUCUAUCAACUACUGUACUGUAGUGUGAGGCCGGUCACGGCCCCCUAUUCAUCUAUUUUCUCUAUAUAUCACUAAUUGUACUGCAGCUUGAGGCCGGUCACGGCCGCCUAUACAUCUAUAUUCUCUAUCACCUACUGUAGUGGUGUGUGAGGCCUGUCACGGCCCCCUAUUCAUCUAUUUUCUCUAUAUAUCACUAAUUGUACUGCAGCUUGAGGCCGGUCACGGCCGCCUAUUCAUCUAUAUUCUCUAUUCCCUACUGUAGUGGUGUGUGAGGCAGGUCACGGACCCCUAUUCAUCUAUAUUCUCUAUCUAUCACCUACUGUACUGGAUGUGAGGCUGGCCACGGUCACCUAUUCAUCUGCAGUGCAUUUGGAAAGUAUUCAGACCCCUUCACUUUUCCACAUUUUGUUACGUUACAGCCUUAUUCUAAAAUGGAUUAAAUUGUUUUUUUUACCUCAUCAAUCUACACACAAUACCCCAUCAUGGCAAAGCAAAAACAGGGUUACAGACAUUUGUGCAAAUGUAUAAAAAAUUUAAAAUGGAAAUAUCACAUUACAUAAGUAUUCCUACCGUUAACUCAGUACUUUGUUGAAGCACCUUUGGCGGCGUUUACAGCCUCGAGUCUACAAGCUUGGCACACCUGUAUUUGUGGAGUUUCUCCCAUUAUUUUCUGAAGAUCCUCUCAAGCUCUGUCAGGUUGGAUGGGGAGAGUCGCUGCACAGCUAUUUUCAGGUCUCUCCAGAGAUGUUCGAUCGGGUUCAAGUCCGGGCUCUGGCUGGGCCACUCAAGGACAUUCAGAGACUUGUCCCGAAGCUACUCUUGCGUUGUCUUGGCUGUGUGCUUAGGGUCGUUGGAAGGUGAACCUUCGCCCCAGUCUGAGGUCCUGAGUGCUCUGGAGCAGGUUUUCAUCAAAGGAUCUCUCUGUACUUUUCUCUGUUCAUCUUUCCCUCGAUCCUGACUAGUCUCCCAGUCCCUGCCGCUGAAGAAUAUCCCCACAGCAUGAUGCUGCCACCACCAUGCUUCACCGUAGGGAUGGUGCCAGGUUUCCUCCAGACGUGACACUUGGCAUUCAGGCCAAAGAGUUCAAUCUUGGUUUCAUCAAACCAGAGAAUCAUGUUUCUCAUGGUCUGAGAGUCUUUAGGUGCCUUUUGGCAAACUCCAAGCGGGCUGUCAUGUGCCUUUUACUGAGGAGUGGCUUCCAUCUGGCCACUCUACCAUAAAGGCCUGAAUAGUGGAGUGCUGCAGAGACGGUUGUCCUUCUGGAAGGUUCUCCCAUCUCCACAGAGGAACUCUGAAGCUCUGUCAGAGUGACCAUCGAGUUCUUGGUCACCUCCCUGACCAAGGCCCUUCUCCCCCAAUUGCUUAGUUUGGCUGGGCGGCCAGAUCUAGGAAGAGUCUUGGUGGUUCCUAACUCCUUCCAUUUAAGAAUGAUGGAGGCCACUGUGUUCUUGGGGACCUUCAAUGCUGCAGAUAUUUUUUGGUAGCCUUCCCCAGAUCUGUACUUCGACACAAUACUAUCUCAGAGCUCUACGGACAAUUCCUUCGACCUCAUGGCUUGGUAGUUGCUCUGACAUGGACUGUCAACUGUGGGACCUUAUACAGACAGGCGUGUGCCUUUCCAAAUCAUGUCCAAUCCAUUGAAUUUGCCACAGGUGGACUCCAAUCAAGUUGUAAAAACAUCUCAAGGAUGAUGAAUGGAAGCAGGAUGCACCUGAGCUCAUUUUCGAGUCUCAUAGCAAAGGGUCUGAAUACUUAUGUAAAUAAGGUAUUUCAGUUUUUUAUUUUAAAUACAUUUGCAACAAUUUCUAAAAACCUGUUAUCGCUUUUACAUUAUGGGGUAUUGUGUGUAGAUUGAUGAAAAAAUAUAUACAGUAACAGUCAAAAGUUUGGACACACCUUUUCAAUAUUUUUUACUAUUUUCUACAUUGUAGAAUAAUAGUGAAGACAUCACAACUAUGAAAUAACACAUAUGGAAUCAUGUAGUAACCAAAAGAGUGUUAAACAAAUCAAAAUGUAUUUUAUAUUUGAGAUUCUUCAAAGUAGCCACCCUUUGCCUUGAUGACAGCUUUGCACACUCUUGGCAUUCUCUCAACCAGCUUCACCUGGAAUGCUUUUCCAACAGUCUUGAAGGAGUUCCCACAUAUGCUGAGCACUAGUUGGCUGCUUUUCCUUCACUCUGCGCGCCAAUUCAUCCCAAACCAUCUCAAUUGGGUUGAGGUCGGGUGAUUGUGGAGGCCAGGUAAUCUGAUGCAGCACUCCAUCACUCUCUUUCUUGGUCAAAUAGCCCUUACACAGCCUGGAGGUGUGAUAUGGGUCAUUGUCCUGUUGAAAAACAAAUGAUAGUCCCACUAAGAGCAAACCACAUGGGAUGGCGUAUCGCUGCAGAAUGCUGUGGUAGCCAUGCUGGUUAAGUGUAUCUUGAAUUCUAAAUACAUCACUGACAGUGUCACCAGCAAAGCACCCACACACCAUCACACCUCCUCCUCCAUGCGUCAUGGUACAUUGCCAGGACCAGUUGAUUCCAGGCUGUAAUGGAGUCUAUUGCCCCCUGCAGGAGUUCAAGCAGGCCCUCUCCAACUACUCACUGACCUCUGAAAUCUACGAGUCACUCUGCAAUCACACAGAGGGCGUGGCUGACCCCUGAGGCUUCUGCGACCCCCUUCUUACCUUUGACCCCCAGCUCUGCCCCAUGCACUCUCACUGUUACCAGCCACCAUGUUUACAUCCCACCAGAGACCUCCACUCUCCAGCCUAGCAUUAGCCUAUUACUAGCCAGUGUAUUACAACAGAGGUUUUCAAAGUGUUGUCUUAAUGUUCACUGAAGGGAGGCCCACUGUCUCAGACUUUGAAAACGGCUAUAUUUACAGUACAAACAGUCUAAACACACAAAUGUAGCUUCACUGUCAAAGUGCAUAACUGACUUUGAACCACAUCCUGUGUGUUACUGUGUAACACCCUGGCUCUGGGACUCUAUAUGUUGAGCCAGGGUGUGUUCUUUCUAUGUGGUGUAUUUCUAUGUUGGGAGUUCUAGUUUGUUUAUUUCUAUGUUGGCCUGAGUGACUCCCAAUCAGAGGCAACGAGUGUCAGCUGUGGCUGGUUGUCUCUGAUUGGGAGCCAUAUUUAUACUGUCUGUUUUUCCCUUUGUGUUUGUGGGUUCCUGUUCCGUGUUGGUCUAUGUUACCUAGGACGUUACGAGUCAUUUGUUGUUUUUGUUUACUGUCCGUGUUUAUCGCUAAUGAUAAAUAAACAUGUUCGUUCAUCACGCUGCGCCUUGGUCUUCCUCUCUUAACGACGAUCGUGACAGAAGAACCCACCAUACAAGGACCAAGCAGCGUGUCCAGGAGCAGGCAGACUGGACAUGGGAGGAAGCGCCGGGAAAGGAGAUGGAGAGGUUGGCGAUGGCCCAGGUGGGCAAAUCGUGGUCCUGGGAGGACAUGCUUGGGGGCAAAGGGCCAUGGGCUAGGAUUAAGGCCCUGGCGAGAGAGGAGCAGCGGCGUCAGCAGUGUCAUCGUCGGACGGACGAGAGGCAACCCCAAAACAUUUUUAGGGGGGGGCACACGGCAUGGGCGGCUGGGCAGCAGGAGGCUGCCACAGGGCGAUUUGGAGAGGAGGCCACCGGGUUUGGGGGGCCAGAAGGCAGGUUGGCGGAGCCUGGAUGGAGAGCGGAACCAACUUCCCGUACUCAGGCAUGGCAGCAUGGGACUGGGCAGGUUCCGCGGUAUGCGGAGCGGCGUUCUGUGCCACGAGUGGUCCGGCAUAGUCCUGUACGUCCUGUGCGAGCACCCCGCACGUGUCGUGCGAAGGUGGGUAUGCAGCCAGGACGGAGUGUGCCGGCUCGAACCUCGUGGUCUCCAAUGCCUCUCCGCGGUCCCGGAUAUCCUGCGCCAGUGUCACGUGCUGUUAUGCCAGUACGGGUACACAGCCCUGUACGUCCUGUGCUGAUGCCUCACACAGAGUGUGUGAAGGUAGGCAUUCAGCCAGGAUGGGUUGUGGCAGCUCUUCACUCCAGGUCUCCUAUCCGUCUCCACAGCCCGGCCCGGCCUGUCCCUGCUCCUCGCACCAAGCCUACGGUGUGCGUCGCCAGCCCGGUCCGGCCUGUCCCUGCUCCUCGCACCAAGCCUACGGUGUGCGUCGCCAGCCCGGUCUGGCCUGUCCCUGCUCCUCGCACCAAGCCUACGGUGUGCGUCGCCAGCCCGGUCCGGCCUGUCCCUGCUCCUCGCACCAAGCCUACGGUGUGCGUCGCCAGCCCGGUCCGGCCUGUUCCUGCUCCUCGCACCAAGCCUACGGUGUGCGUCGCCAGCCCGGUCCGGCCUGUCCCUGCUCCUCGCACCAAGCCUACGGUGUGCGUCGCCAGCCCGGUCCGGCCUGUUCCUACUCCACGCACCAAGCCAGGGGUGCGCAUCGUCAGCCCAGUCCGGCCCGUUCCUACUCCACGCACCAAGUCAGGGGUGCGAGUCGUCAGCCCGGUCCGGCCCGUUCCGGCUCCACGCACCAAGCCAGGGGUGCGCAUCGUCAGCCCGGUCCGGCCCGUUCCUACUCCACGCACCAAGCCAGGGGUGCGCAUCGUCAGCCCGGUUCGGCCCGUUCCUACUCCACGCACCAAGCCAGGGGUGCGAGUCGUCAGCCCGGUCCGGCCCGUUCCGGCUCCACGCACCAAGCCAGGGGUGCGCGUCGUCAGUCCAGCACAACCCGUGCCUGGGUCACCGGUGCCUGGUAAGGUACCGGUCAACUGCUCCACAACGGAGCUGAAGCUAACCGCUCCUGCUACGUCCAGUUCAGCUCCAGCCAGCGGGGCCAGACCGGACCAGGGGCGCUAUGGGGGGAUUAUUGGAGGGUGGUGGGCAAGGCCGGAGCCAGAACCGCCGCCGAGGAGGAAUGCCCAACCAGCCCUCCCCUGUUUUGCUCUAGUUGAGGCGCGGUCGCAGUCCGCGCCUUUAGGGGGGGGGGGGUACUGUAACACCCUGGCUCUGGGACUCUAUAUGUUGAGCCAGGGUGUGUUCUUUCUAUGUGGUGUAUUUCUAUGUUGGGAGUUCUAGUUUGUUUAUUUCUAUGUUGGCCUGAGUGACUCCCAAUCAGAGGCAACGAGUGUCAGCUGUGUCUGGUUGUCUCUGAUUGGGAGCCAUAUUUAUACUGUCUGUUUUUCCCUUUGUAUUUGUGGGUUCCUGUUCCGUGUUGGUCUAUGUUACCUAGGACGUUACGAGUCGUUUGUUGUUUUUGUUUACUGUCCGUGUUUAUCGCUAAUGAUAAAUAAACAUUUUCGUUCAUCACGCUGCGCCUUGGUCCUCCUCUCUUAACGACGAUCGUGACAUACUGCUCCUACUGGUUAAGAUGGAGACAGUUUUACUUACAGAGAUCUUAAUUAUUGAAAUAAUCUGGUGAUAUAAUCUGCCUAAAAAAUAAGUAUGUUACCAAUUAUAUUCAUAUUUAGUAUGGAAAAUGUUUGCACUCACUAACUGUAAAUCGCUCUGGAUAAGAGCAUCUGCUAAAUGACUAAAAUGUAAAUGUAAUGGUGGAAACCACACAUGCAGAUAUCAUCCGUUCACCUACUCUGCGUCUCACAAAGACACGGCGGUUGGAACCAAAACUCUCCAAUUUGGACUCAUCAGAUCAAAGGACAGAUUUCCACCGGUCUAAUGUCCAUUGUUCGUGUUUCUUGGCCCAAGCAAGUCUCUUCUUAUUAUUGGUGUCCUUUAGUAGUGGUUUCUUUGCAGCAAUUCGACCAUGAAGGCCUGAUUCACGCAGUCUCCUCUGAACAGUUGAUGUUGAGAUGUGUCUGUUACUUGCAUUUAUUUGGGCUGCAAUUUCUGAGGCUGGUAACUCUAAUGAACUUAUCCUCUGCAGCAGAGGUGACUCUGGGUUUUCCUUUCCUGUGGCGGUCCUCAUGAGAGCCAGUUUUGUCAUAGCGCUUGAUGGUUUUUACGACUGCUCUUGAAGAAACUUUCAAAGUUCUUGAAAUCUUCCGUAUUGACUGACCUUCAUUUCAAGUAAUGAUGGACUGUCGUUUCUCUUUGCUUAUUUGAGCUGUUCUUGUCAUUGCAUGGACUUGGUCUUUUACCAAAUAGGACUAUCUUCUGUUUACCAACCCUACCUUGUCACAACACAAUUGAUUGGAUCAAACGCAUUAAGAAGGAAAGAAAUUCCACAAAUUAACUUUUAAAAAGGCACACCUGUUAAUUGAAAUGCAUUCCAGGUGACUACCUCAUGAAGCUGGUUGAGAGAAUGCCAAGAGUGUGCCAAGCUGUCAUCAAGGAAAAGGGUGGCUACUUUGAAGAUUCUCAAAUAUAAAAUACAUUUUGAUUUGUUUAACACUUUUUUGUUUACUACAUUCUUCCAUAUGUGUUAUUUCAUAAUUUUGAUGUCUUCACUAUUAUUCUACAAUGUAGAAAAUAGUCAAAAUAAAGAAAACCCCUUGAAUGAGUAGGUGUGUCCAAACUUCUGACUGGUACUGUAUAUUUGAUCAAUUUUGGAAUAAGGCUCUAACGUAACAAAAUGUGUAAAAAGUCAAGGGGUCUGAAUACUUUCCGAAUGCACUGUAUAUCUGAGAGAUAUAAGAAUGAUCAUGUAUUUAACCCAUUAUUUUUGGCACUAAACAAUCUCCAUAUAUACACUAGAUGGCCAAAAGUAUGUGAACACCUGCUCGUCGAACAUCUCAUUCCAAAAUUAUGGGCAUUAAUAUGGAUUUGGUCCCCCCUUUGCUGCUAUAACAGCCUCCACUCUUCUGGGAAGGCUUUCCACUAGAUGUUGGAACAUUGUUCGUGGGACUUGCUUCCAUUCAGCCACAAGAGCAUUAGUGAGUUCGGACUCUGAUGUUGGGCGAUUAAGCCUGGCUCACAGUUGGCAUUCCAAUUCAUCUCAAAGGUGUUCGAUAGGGUUGAGGUCAGGACUCUGUGCAGGCCAGUCAAGUUCUUCCACACCGAUCUCUUCAAACCAUUUCUGUAUGGACCUCGCUUUGUGCACGGGAGCAUUGUCAUGCUGAAACAGGAAAGGGCCUUCCCCAAGCUGUUGCUUCAAAGUUGGAAGCAUAGAAUCGUCUAGAAUGUCAUUGUAUGCUGUAGCGUUAAGAUUUCCCUUCACUGGAACUAAGAGGCCUAGACCAAACCAUGAAAAACAGCACCAGACCAUUAUUCCUCCUCCACCAAACUUUACAGUUAGCACUAUGCAUUCAGGCAGGUAGCGUUCUCCUGGCAUCCGCCAGAUGGUGAAGCAUGACUAAUCACUCCAGAGAAUGCCUUUCCACUGCUCCAGAGUCCAAUGGCGGCGAGCUUUACACCACUUCAGUCGGCGCUUGGCAUUGCGUAUGGUAAUCUUAUGUGCGGCUGCUCCGCCAUACAAACCCAUUUCAUGAAGCUCCCAAUGAACAGUUAUUGUGCUGAAGUUGCUUCCAGAGGCAGUUUGGAACUCGGUAGUGAGUGUUUCAACUGAGGAAAGACGAUUUUUAUGCGCUACCUGCUUCAGCACUCGGUGGUCCCGUUCUGUUAGCUUGUGUGGCCAACCACUUCGUAGGCUACAUGUCCAGUUUUACCAUUAAAAGCCUAGUUAGCCUAGUUUUACCAUUAAAAAAUGAACAAAAAAUAUUUAGGAUUUCCCUUAGCCAUUGUCUGCAUAUGUAAUAUAUGCUCAUACCCAGCUCUCACUUUGUUUGUUCACCACUAUUGUAUCAAACACACCGGACUUAGCACCUCAGGUUUCCCUCCCUGUCUCACAUGUGCAGCCCCUCAGACAGGAUAA